AUGCGUCGUCGAGAGCGGAUCUUGGAGAUUAUGAUGGGAUGCAGGAAAGUCUCUUGGGUACGUCGAGCAGAACCUUUACACAUCAAAGCUCAGUGCCUCAAAUUAUGCCUCGGAAGAAGUCGGCGCAGCAGCAGUGGAAUAACAGAACGUGCCCCGGGGCAUGUGCAGAGUGCCUACUCUUCCACGCUGCAGCUGAGAUGAAAGGGAAAUGGAGAUGUGUGUGGCUUCUAGAUAUUAAUGAAUUAUGAUAUGCGAGGGGGGAGGGGAAAGAGUUACGGUGCUUUCCACUAAAGCUUCAGAGCUGAUCAGCAAAGCUGUCUGUCUUGAGAGGAAUACCUCCAGGCGCCCUCCACAGCAGCGUGUGUGUAUCUGACUGGCUGGAGCUGCAACUGCUCCACAACACAGACACCCCUUUGUUCUAGCUAGGUGUCAUUCCUGCCUUAUUUUUUCCCCUUCGAAGCAGAGGAUCAUAGAGUUGGAAGGGACACCAAGGGUCAUCUAGUCCAACCCAGUGUUGUUGACACUGACUGGCAGCAACACUCCUGGGCUUCAGGUGUGGCUCCCUCCCUGGAGAUGCUACCAGGGAUUGAACCUGGGACCUUCUGCAUGCAAAGCAUCAGCUCUGCCCCUGGGCUGCAGUCCUUUGAAAUUAAAGCAAGAUUCUAGUCCUCAAGGUUCUGAGUAAAGACCGAAAGAGGAAUAUAGGAAGCUUCUUCAUCCCGAGUCAGGCCACUGGUCCAUCUAGCUCAUUAAUGUCGACACUGGUUGGCAGCAGGCUUCUAGAUACUCCAGGUUUCAGGAAGGGGAUAUUCCCAACUCUCCCUGCAGAGGCCUCUGGGGAAUGAACCUGGGAGCUUCUGCAUGCACAGAGCUACGUUCAGAACAUGGCUCCAUCUAGCUCAGUGUUGCCUACACUGACUGGCAGCAGCUCUCCAGGGUUUCAGGCUCCAUACCCGGAGGUGAUGCGGGAUUGAAUCUGGGACCUUCUGCACUCAAGGCAGGUGCUCUGCCACUCAGCUGCAGCUUCCCCAAGCAGAAGGAAAGGCUGGCCCUUCACACUGCCUUUAGCAUCCUCAACUCCUUCAACACCUUUGCUAAUGGUAGGGCCGGCCCUGGGAAAUGAGGAUGUCAGAGAAGAGUGAGGGAGAGAACGGAGAAGGGGGAAGCGGUGGGCGGUGGCAGGAGAGGGGAAGGAUGGUGAUGGACGAAGAGGAGUAGGAAAAGAAGAAGAGGAGGGGGCUCUUGCAAAACUGCCCAUCCCAGCAGUCGGGGAUGGGGUGGGGUAGGUGGGUUAUAGGCUUCCUGCAAGGGGAAGGGGGGGCGUAAACCUGCCAAGUCUCCAGGAGGAAGGAGAGGUGGUCCCUUAGGGAGCAGGGCACGGAUGCCCAUUCCUUGGGCCGGCGCUGCACUGCGGUGUCUGUGCCACCCCACCCCACCCCCAAUUCCUAACCUCGAAUCAAUAGGCAGGCAGCACCCACCGCACUCGUCUCCCUCCCCGUCACCGAAGCACCAUUUCCAUGGAAACAGCCUGAGAGCGCUUUGCUUAUUGGAGGGCUGGCUCCAUCGCUGCAUCUCCGAGGCCGACGGGAGUCUCUCACUCUUUCAUCCCCCACUGUCUCUCUCUCCAAAAAAUUCCGAUUAUUACUAUUAUUGCAGAUCGGGGAAGGGGAGGGGGCGGCGGCUCCCUCCCCACCCACCCUCAGCCCUUCUUCUGAGCCAGGAUCGGGCCCAGCCGCCUCUUUGGAGAGGGGGGGACCACCGCCCCCCCAUAUCCCCGCCUGGUGACAGCAGCGCCCGCCCUAGCCAGCCCGAUUCGCUGCCCGCAUCUCCUUUUGUAUGCGGCGAGGGGCGGGGAGGCGCCAGCCUCCGCCUCCGCCUCGUCCUUCCUCCUCCCUCCUCCUCCGCCUUCCUCCUAUGCUAAGCCAGCGCCAGGCAAGAGCCGCUCGCCAGCAUCUCCGGCUGGCCAGUCCUCUCUCUCCAUCCCUGCAGUGAAAGGGACGCCCAGGGAUGCCUUUUCAGCUGUGAUGCCCCCCAGCAAGCGGCUGGUGGAGCCCCCUGGUCCAAUCCUGGCAGCAGCAUCAGACACCCCCGGAUUGGUCCCUUGGGUGCUGCCGCUGUCUCCCCGACACCCAAAGGGAUGAAGAGGCGGGAGGAGCCCUCUGCAGAGAGCCAGCAGGGAGCCAUGCCGGGCAGCGGGGGUGCUGGCAGGGGGGAAGGCGUGAGGGCAGCCCUCCAGGAGGAGGAGGAGGACGAGGAGGUCCCAAGCUGGGGGUCCUCGGAGCAAGCCCCCCCAGAAAGCGCCGCUCUCGGGCACUGCCAGGUGCCCGCAUCACCCCAGGUAAGAUCAGCCGGCAUUUGGGAAGGAGGGUCUAGCGUUGUGCUUCUUUUAGGUACCAUGGAAGAGCCUCCUCCUUCCAAGGCAGUCUAUCUCUAUGUUCCUGAAGCCCGUGAGAAACCCGGGGGGGGGUCGCGUUCCGUAAGCACCUGGCUGUCCAGCAUUGGAAACAGGUUACUGGGUCUUUGACAUGCCUAUGGAGUGAUAACAUCUAGCUGAGUCUUGGGAAUGCACUGGAAUAGUUAGAUGUGCUGGCAGUUGCUUGCUUAGAUUGCCUCCCCCAAGGGUUAGACAAAUUCACGGAGGAUUUACCUCCUCAUCCCAGGGCAGUAUACCUUCAUGCCAGGUGCUGGGAGGCAAAGAGGAAGAAGAGGAGGCUGUUGCAUCAUCAUCAUCAUCAUUAUUUUAUUAUUAUUUUGUAUUUUCCUUCUGAAUAUCCUUAAAGGAUCUGGCUGGUGACGAAGCUUUGCGUCUUGGUUUCCACAGACAGUCUCUUCCUUAUUCACUCCCUUGAUGGACUCUUGAUUUUCAUGACCAGGCUGCCAAAUUAAAAUCAUGCCAUUUUUAAAUGAACUUAUUGCCAUUCAUUUAACUCAGAGAUCACCCAUAUCUUUUUUAAAAAAUGAAAUUACUGGCAUGCAUUUAACUCAGAGAUCACCCAUAUUAUUUUUUUAAAUGAAAUUAAUGGCUUGCAUUUAACUCAGAGAUCACCUAGAUAGAUAGAUAGAUUCCCUAUCAGGAAUAUCUUUCUCCCCACAAACCUGUAGCUGACGAACGAGGGAUGCAGUAAAGCCUCCUUCUUCACAGCCAUGAAGGAGGAACCAUGUUUUUCCCACGUUGUAGCUGAGCUGCAGAGACACUGACGGUUCUAAAAAUCCUGUUGAAAACGCAGACGCCCCCUCCCCACACUUCCCAACUGGGGUUCACAGCCAAGCAGUAAGAAGCUCUUGGUUGAGGGCUCUGUGGCUCUGGGCUCCCUUCCCUUCGUGGAGGCAAAGGAGAAAUCUGCAAGCCAUGCUGCCUCAGUGGAACACCCAUCUCCAGAGACAGUAUACCUGUGAAUCCCAGUUGCUGACAGCCAAAUAGGAACCUAAGAAGGGACUUCUGGGUCAGGCCAGUGUCCCAUCUAGUCCAGCAUCCUGUUCUCACAGUGGCCAACCAAAUGGGAAACCUGCAAGCAAAACCUGAGUCUUCUCCGCUCCUGUGGUUUCCAGCAACUGGUAUUCAGAAACAAUUGCUGCCUCUGACUGUGGAGGCAGAGCAUGGCCAUUGUGGCCAUCAGCCAUUUGUGGGCUCAGCUCCGCAUCUCCUACUUGUGGGCUUUCCAGAAUAGGCAUCUUUGUGGCUACUGUGAGAAGAGAGUGCUGCACCGGACAGACCUUUCACCUGGGCUCUUUUUAUCCGGCAGCUGAUCAUAGCUAGGUAUCGUUGGACUCCAAGCUCUCGUCAGCCCCAGCCAGCAGGACCAAUGGUCAGAUGUGAUGGUAGGAGGGGCUCACAGCUUCUGGGUGGCACCAUGGUGACUAUCCCAGACCUGCUAAGUGUCCAAACAGGUUUGUGAAUAGCCACCCAUACGAGCCUAGUAAUAACUAGUUUGGGGCAAGCAAAUAGCCAGGGUUUGUGCAUAAGGCUAUAAUGUUCCUGCCCCCCCCCCAGCUGUUGGUGUUGAAAUGAUUCAUGUUUCUAUAAAUGACCUUAUGGACUAGUAUUUUUUUUUUGGAGGGGGGGUGAGGCUGGCAGCUUCUAUGGACAUCUUUGCAAGUUUACCUAUCGCAUGUUUGUCCUCCAUUAUCUCAAUAACCGUUGCAGCACCUGUCUUUGAUAGAAGGCAGCUGAUGAUCUUAAGAGUCAUAGAAUUGUAGAGUUGGGUGGGAUCCGAACCCCUUGCAAAGCCAGAAUCACAGCUAAAGAAUCCUUGUCCAGCCUCUGCUAGGAAACCUCCAGUGAAGGAGAGUCUGCCACCUUCUGAAGUUAUCUUACUAUCUGCUAAUGGAACUUGGGGCACAGAGUCCUCAGAGGACAGUGGCUGGUUUAAGGCCAGCUGGUCAAGUUGAGGUGCCAAACAGGGUGCCUUUGCAGCUCUGGAUGUGUAGCUCAGUGGCAGAUCAUCUGCCUCGCAUGCAGAAGGUCCCAGGUUCAAUCUCCAGUGGUGUCUCCAGAUAAGGCUGGAAAUAUCCCCUGGCUGAAACCCUGGAGAGUUGCUGCCGGUCAGUGUUGGCACUGCUGAGCUAGGUGGACCUGGCUGAGGAUGGGUCACAGCUCAGUGGCAGAACAUCUGCUAGACAUACAGAAGGCACCAGUUUCAAUCUGUUGUAUUUCUAGAUAGGCCCCCUGUUUGCAACCCUGGAGAGCCACUGCCAGUCAGUGUUGACAAUACUGAGCCUGAUGGGCUGACUAUAAGGCAAUGUCUGAUGUUCCGCAUACCCAUAACCAUUAUACAACACUUCCUUUUGGUUAUUGCCUGAAGUUUUUGUUUGUGCUUGCCACGAUCCUGCUAGAUUGUUAGGGAGGGAUGGGGGCCUUGCCCUCCCCAGUCAAAACCGUUGUCCUGCCCUUUCAGCAUUUGAGAGACCCCCAAGUUGUUUAUGAGGGGCAGCAACACUCUGGGGUCUCUAGGGCAGAGAAGGGUCUUUCCUGAACUCCCCCCCCCAUUUUUAAAAAAAGACCAGGAACCAAGGUUUGAAUCGGAGACAUUCUGCAUGCAUAGCAGGUGCUCUUACACUGAGCUGCAGCUUAAGAAUAAAUUAAGGGAUCCCCCUUAAGGUUGGGCUCUCCUCUGAAAUAAAUUAAGAUCAUGGCGUCUGGAUCAGGCCCCAAGGAGGCUCAUCUAGUCCAGCACAGCAGCCAACCAGAGGCGUCUCCUCCCAGACCCCCCAAGCAGGAAACUGAGGGCAGCAGCAACCCCCUCCCCACUUUGAAAUCCCGGGAGAGGCAAGGAUUCGAUAUGCCAUUUGGCCAGGAAGCUCACUGGAUGACCCUUGCCUGGGCUAGUCAGCAUCUCUCAGCCUAACCCACCUCACAGGGUUGUUGUGAGGGUAAAAGGAGGAGGGGAAGAGCCAUGUGCAAAACCUCGAGCUCCUUGGAAGAAAAGGUGGUGUAUAAAUUUAAGAAGUUGUUGCUGCUGCUGUUGCUUCUGACAAUGGAAGGAGUACACAGCCAUCGUGGCUAAGAGCCAUCAGCAGGUUCCGUCAUGAAUUCAUAGCAUUAUAGAGUUGGAAGGGACCCAAAUGGCCAUCUAGUCCAACCCCUUGCAAAGCAGGAAUCACAACUAAGGAACGGUUUCAAAGCUGUCCAAAAUGAGGAAAGGGUGUCUGUGGCUACUAGCCACCAUGGCUCUUCUCUGCCUCCACAGUCGGAGGCAGCGAUGCUUCUAAAUACCAGUUGCUGGAAAACACAGGCGGGGAGAGGGCUCUUGUGCUCGAAUCCUGCUUGCUAGUUUCCCAGAAGAUGCAUCUGGUUCACUGCUGUGGGAACAGGAUGCUGGGCUAGAUGGGCCCUUGGCUCUUCUUCUUAAUGCCCUUUUCAUCAUUCACUGGUGACUUCGCCCCUUUGCAAUGGGGAGUUUGGACAGAAGCAAGAAUCUUCCUCUCUCAGGCCAAGCUCCUUCUGUGGCUGUUGCAGUUCUGCAACGCUAUACAGCUAAGCUUCCAUUCUCCACCCUGGAGAGGCAAAGAGAUGACAGCCUGUUCUUUCACCCUGCCGGCUGGCAAAAUCUCCGCUCCACCGGGUCCUGUUUUUUGGGGAGAAAUUGGGCUGGUUCCUUCCCGCUGCAUCCCUGCGUCACAGCGAAGGAGGCAGGGCCUGCGUUGCUCUUUCCAGAACAGACGCUUCUCCCUCACCUUAGAAUGGGGUGAUCUUGCAAGGAAGCCUAUCAGCUGUAUGGGAAGAGCACCCCACCUCCCCAAACAUCUGAUUCUUAUUAUGCUAAAGUCUUCACACACACCCCAUACAAAUCCAGGAAAAAAUGAAUAUUUUUACUGCUGAAAAACUGGUCCAGGGAGGGGAUAACCUUGCCACAGGUUUUGAGGACCUCUGGUCUUAGGAGCAGGGGUCAGCCACCCCCUCUCUGGACUGCUGCCAAGUCUCAUUUUGGAGGAAGUUCUUUCACUCUUCCAUAUCCCAGGGGUUGCUCGAAUGGGCCAAACUGGUCAAAGGCACAUAGCAGACCCUCCAAGUGUCCCUAUUUUCCAGGGACAGUCCCAGAUUUACAGAAGCCAUCCCGGUUUCUGAUUUGAUCCCAGAAUGUCCCGCUUUUCCACUGGACCUCCCUAUUUUCAUCAGAGAAAUGUUGGAGGGUAUGGAGACAUCUGAACCACCUGAAGGCAGUUUUUAAAUGCUUAAUGUUGGAAGCUGCCCAGAGUGGCUGGGGCAAUCUAGUCAGAUGGGCAGGGUAUAAAUAGUAAAAGUAAUAGAAGUAGUAGCAGACACUCCGUGUCCCUAUUUUCCAGGGACGUCCCUGAUUUAGAGAAACCGUCCUGGUUUCUGAUUUGAUCCCAAAAUGUCCCACUUUUCCUUAGGAUGUCCCUAUUUUCAUUGGAGAAAUGUUGGAGGAUAUGGAGUUAUGAGACCUCCUGAGCGAAGGAGAUAAGUAACUAUACAAACUUUAGAAGAUAUUUGAAAACAGCCCUGUAUAGGGAAGGUUUUUUUUAGUGUUUAAUGUUUUAUUAUGUCUUUAUAUCUGUUGGAAACUGCUCAGAGUGGCUGGGGCAACCCUGUAAGAUGUGUGGGGUAUAAACAGUAAACAUCCCUAUUUUCAUCAGAUAAAUAGGGACAUCCCUAUUUUCAUCAGAUAAAUGUUGGAGGGUAUGAUAUAGGAAGAUGCUAGAUGCUUGGCUCAGCAUUGUCUACACUGACUGGCAGCAGCUCUCCAGAAUUCCAGGCAGGGGACACCCCCAGGCUUACCUGGAGACGCUGGGGAUGGAAGCUGAGGUCUUCUGCAUGCAAAGCAGCUGUUCUGCCAGUGAGCUGAGAACUAAGUAAGAUUCCAGUCGUCCUGGUUCUGGAGAAAAGACUUUAAAUGGGAAGCUGCCUUCUCCUGAGGGCCACGCUGGUCAUCCUUUUUUUGUGUGUGUAUUAAUUCUACUCAUCAUGGUGUGAUGGUAUCAGGGUUGUUAAGCUCUAUAGGAUCCCACUUUCAAUGCAGUGGUACCUCAGGUUACAUACGCUUCAGGUUACAUACGCUUCAGGUUACAGACUCCGCUAACCCAGAAAUAGUGCUUCAGGUUAAGAAUUUUGCUUCACGACGAGAACAGAAAUCGUGCUCCAGCGGUGCGACAGCAGCGGGAGGCCCCAUUAGCUAAAGUGGUGCUUCAGGUUAACAACAGUUUCAGGUUAAGAACGGACCUCCAGAAUGAAUUAAGUAUUUAACCCGAGGUACCACUGUAGUGUGAAGUUUCUGGCGUAAAGCUGAAGAUUUUUAUUUUAUUCUUUUUUAGGGAAUGUGUGUGUGGAGGGGGUGUCUGCCACUGUUUCAGAUUUCUUCAUUUCUUCAGCUUAUAUAAUACAGGCUGGGUUGAUGAUGGGAGCCAGGAGAUAGGGGUGUGUGUGUGUGUGUGUGUGUGUUGGAGCUUCUCUUAAGAUAUGCUUGCAGAGAAGGUAAGCCUUAAAGCAGUGUACAUUUCAGUGCUUCUGGGUGUUGCAAAUCUGAGGGAAAGAAGGGAGGAGAGGUGAUUUGACCUCAUUUUCUAGGGAAAUGGUGGGAACAAGCAAUUGCGUUUGUGUGUCUCCCUUGAGCAUUAAAAUUCUCAGAACUGCCUUUCUGGUUGUGGCUACUGAGCCUACUUCUUUGUCUGACGAUGCUCAGUCAAGGAGACCCAAGUCAAAGCUGUUUUGCCUGUGCCUUUGGUUAUAUCAAGGAGAUAAUAUUAUCACUAAUUUAUUAAUUGCCUUCUACUCAAUCAUCUCAAGGUGCUGUAUGAUGCAAAUGGAGACACCAAAGACACAACUUUUAGUGUGGCAGCACCUACACUUUGGAACUCCCUGCUUAGUGAUAGCAAACAGAUAUCUUCACUGUACUAUUUUUUGGUGCCUGAUAAAAAAAAAUCUUGUUUAGAGAUGCCUCCUACCCAGAUAUUUAGAAAGCUGGUGUAGUUCUGAUCUGUCGGUUGUCAUUUUAACUUUCUGAAAGUUUUAGAUUAUUGCUGUUAUAUUUUCUAUUGAUAAUUUUAUCCUUUAAUUUGUUUGUUUCUCUUUUACAAUCCAGUGGCAUAUAAAUUUUUACCAAAUAAAUAAAUAAAUAAAUAAAUAAGUUAUUGAUGUGUGUUUAUCUACCAGCCGUCUCUAAUCCUGCUGCCCUUCUCCUGGUGUUUUGGACAUAACACUUUCCAUAAAGGCAGUAUGUCCCAGUUUUCACAGAUGUUGGGAAUUAUAGUCCAGCAACAUCUGGAGGGUCACAAAUGUUCCUCACCCCUGAUACCUAGCCACUCUGCAGAUGGUAUCCCAACUGCUAUUAUGACAGCUGCUGUGCUGAUAUGACCAUUUGUGGGGUUUGAGCAAUGUGGAACUCCUUGCUACAAGAUGUGGCAAUAUACGAAAGGAGAUUAGGCGAGUUCGUGGAGGAGAGGCCUGCCAACUGCUAUGAGUCGUGAUGGCUGUAUGGAAGCAGCUUCUGAGACAACCUAUCCCUCAAUAGUAAUUGUGGAGGAAUAGCAGCAGGAGAAGGCAUUGCUUGUGGUCUACCCAGAGGUAGAGAAGCUGGAUGUUGGGUUAGAUGCAUCCCCUUGAUCUGAUCUACCUGGACCUUAUGGGAUAAAGAAAACUAAAAUGAGUUGUUGUUUUUCAGAUUUGCAACACUCAAAAACCUGUUCUUUAUCAGCCAGGAAUAUGGGGGGCGGGAUCCUGUCUAACAUAGGAGCAGGAAGGGACUCUAGCUCAGUGGGUACAGCACCUGCUUUGCAUGCAGACGGUCCCAGGUUCAGGCCCCAACAUCUCCAGUUAGGACUGGGAAUGUCCCUUAUGUAAAACCGCGGAGAGAGGUGCUGGCAGCCAGUGCAGGCAAUCCUGAGCUAGCUGGAUCAAUGCUCUGAUUUUGCACAAGGCGCUCCUAUUUAUUUCAGUCUUUUCCGCAGGACAUUGAGAACUAGCAUCUUACAUUGGUUUUAGAGGAAGGGAGCACAUGGCUCAACGUGUAGAGCAUCUGGCUUGUAUGCAGAAGAUCUCAGGUUUAGCCCACUAGGUAACCCCCCUCCCCCUGGAGUGGUACCACCCACUUUGGGAAUCAUGGGCUUACAUGGCUUGGAAAGAGGUCACAUCCACACCAUACAUGGAGAACACAUUACUUUCCUCCAAAGAAUCCCAGGAACUUGAGUUUUGAAAGGUUGCUAGGAAUUGUAGUUCUGUGAGGAGAAAACAACUCUCCAUCUUGCCCCAGCGUGCAUAAAUAAAUGCAUUUUGGGACACAUUUCUUGGCUGGAGAGCAAAACGCAGAUAAGUGCAAAUUUUGAAGAAAGGAUGUUUCUCUACAUUUCUGUGAAUUACCGGUAGGUAGGUCCGCCCUUAAAUGUGAACUAACUCAAACUUUCCCCCUCUCCCUCACUCUCCCUUCGUAGUUGAGAAUCUGAGGGCAAGGAUGAGCCACUUGAGCUCUCUGCCUUGCGCAACCCAGAUAGACCUGCUGCGUUUCCACGGAGGCCCUGCUCCACUUUCAAAGGUUACCUUGCCCUCCUCGUUAAACGUUUGCGCCAGAUUUGUAGUCUGCGCCUGUCACUUCGAGUCAUUAUCCUCGAGAUGCCUUCUGGUGUCACCGCUUCCCGGAAUCAAAUGGUCCGUCCUGUCACAGGAGCCUGCGCCAAUUAGCUUUCGUUCGGUGAGGUUCGACCUUGAGCGCCGGAGAUGCUUUUGAAAGCACUCGGUCAUUUCACAGGAAGAUCGUCUCUCACCAGUUUAAAAAGAAUUCAAAGAGGCAGUUAAGUGCAGGAGAGAAGUUGCAAAUGGCAGAAGCUGUUAGCACAGCCUUUCCUGGAGUGGCACAUUAUUUUCCAUCAUUCGAGGCUGCUGCUGGGUUUUUGUUUUUUUGUUUAAUAAAGGUAAUAGAAUCUUAGAAUUGGAAGGGAUCCCCAAAGGUCAACUAGUCCAAUCCCCUGCAACGCAGGAAUUGAAGCCCAAGGAUCCCUGCCAGAUGACCAUCCAACGUCUGCUUAAAAAAUUCCAAUAAAGGAGAGUCCAACACCUAGCGAGGGAGUUUGCUCCAUGGUCGAACUGCUCUUACCAUCAGAAACGUAUUCCCAAUGUUUAGUCAUAAUCUCCUGUUUGCAAUUGUGUGUGUUUUUAAAAAACCGUUUUAUUAGCAAUUUCAACAUAACAACAUAUCAAAACAUAUCAUAUUCAAUCCCCCCUUUCCCCCCCCACCCACUCAAACCCACCCGCCCCCUCCCCCAGAGACUUCCCUCAGCUCCUCUCUCUGAUUUCUCAGCACAUAUUAUUCUCUGCAUGUUAUACAAUUAUACAAAUCCUUACAUUAUCUGUCUCCCAUGUUAUCAAUCAAUAAAUUUGUGUAUGUUUAUUCAAAAUCUGCCAAGGAGUCCAAUUCAUUUUGUUGUCUUUUUAAGUAAUGUGUGAAAAGUUCCCAUUCUUCUUUAAAGUCACGGUUGUCCUCAUCUCGCAGUUUGUAUGUCAAUUUAGCCAGUUCUGCGUAGUUCAUCAAUUUCUCUUGCCACUGUUCCUUUGUCGGGGUUUCCACAUUCUUCCAUCCUUGUGCUAUCAAGACUCUUGCCGCGGUUGUUGCAUACACAAAUAAAUUCUUUGUUUUCCUUGGCAGGUCUUGUCCUACAAUCCCUAACAAAAAUGCUUCUUCUUUUUUUACAAAUGUCAUUUUAAACAUUUUCUUCAAUUCAUUAUAUAUCAUUUCCCUUUUUAAAAAAUUUCUCUACAUUCCCACCACAUAUGAAUCUCCUGUUUGCAAUUGGAAUCCAUCAGUUUGGGUCCUCCACUCUGGAGCAGCAGAAAGCAAGCUUGCUCUACCUUCUGUGUGAUGGCCCCUCAGAUAUUUGAAGAUGGCUCUCAUAACUCCUUCCACUCUUCUCUGUAUGGGGUUUUCUUAUUUCUUUUCCGUUUGCCACCGGAUUACAACAGUAAGCAGAAUCUUACAGCAGCCUCUCCAUCAUGAUCCUCCAGAGGUUCUGGACUCCAAUUCCCAUCAGCCCCGGUCAUUGUGAGGAAAUACCUGUCACUCAGUGGCAGAAGAUCUGCUUUGCAUGCAGAAGGUCCCAGGUUCAAACCUCAAUGACAUCUCCAUGUAGGACUGGGAAUGUCUACUGCCUGAAACUCUGGAGAGCCACUGCUAGUCAGUGUAGACAAAACUGGAUUAGGUGGAUUAAUGAUCUGACUUGGUGCAAGGCUAGGAUGAUGGGAGUUGUAGUCCAACACGUCUGGAACGCAUUAGCUUGGAGCCAGGUGCCAUACUGGAAUUCAUAUGUGUCUGUCUUGCAUUCCAGCAGGGUGGAUUAAUUCUGUGCUGUUCUCUCAGCCGCUGCCCAGAUUCUGAUCUACUUCUCUUCCCUUGGAUUACCAACUGUUAGGUGCUUGAACUGAAGAUCAUUCAAUAGCCUGUUUAAUAAACCUGUCGUGCUAACAAGAUCUGGGUGGAACCUCAAGUUUAGACAGGCAACUGCUGUUUUAUUAUUUAUGCACAUAUAAUUUUCUAACAAGAAAAAAUAAAUAAAGACAGAAUUUUUUUUUUAUAAACUGUUUAGAGGUCUUUUGUUCAAGGAAACAGUAAAUACAUUUUGUUAAAUAAACAAUAAACUGAAAAACUGAAAAAGUAAAUUCUGCGUCAAUCUAACAUUUGACAACAGGACAGUUACUGGGUGUCGUUCCUUUGAUUUAUUAAAUGCCCUUCAGCAAAAGGUCCCAGCAAUUCUAAAAGACAACACUAAAAACAUUUUAAGACAUAUUACAGUCACAAGAAUAAGGCCGGUCCUAAAAUAUGUAUAUCAUUGUCAGGUGUCAAAGUCCAGGGUAAAAAGGUUCCCUGUGUCAGUGUGAAAUGGGUGUGGCCAAAGGAAGAGGGGUGUGGCUGAAGAAAAGGGGUGUGGUUAGAGAAAGGGGUAUGGCCAAAUGAAUUAGGGUGUGGCUAAAGAUGUGGGUGUGGCUAAAAGAGGGGGUGUGGCUAAAAGACUGAAGCAAAAGUACAUUCAAGAGAUCUUUCUAAAACAUGUCUGCCACUCUCUCUCUCUCUCACUUCCCAGUAUGGUGUGAGUUACCGUUGUCUCCUGCGUCAGAACCAAGUCCUCCUUACAGCGCUGGAGGAGCUGCAGUCCCGCUGUGCCGCCCUGAAGAAGGAGAACAGCCUGCUGGUGAGGAGGCGCUUGGGAGCGGGAAACCUUCCAACGAGAUCAGGCAACACCAGUCUUCCCCAACCGAGUGCCUUCCAGAGGUUGUUGGACUACAGCUCCCAUCAGCCCAAGCCAGCAUGGCCAUGUGAUGCUGAGGAUGAUGGGAUCUCUUGUCCUAAACAUCUGGGAGCCACUAGGCAUGUUUAGGAGAACUUCCUCCUGACUGGCUGGAAUCCCACAGUCCAGAUCGUCCUCAUUUUCUGACUUAAAAUACUUUCACCCCACUUUAUAGCAAGCUUUCUUCCAGUUGGGGGUCACACAUAGUCUGUCAGGGGUCACCAGAUGACUGUGGGAUGGGCUUAAGUCCAUGGUGGGCAGGGCCAGGGCCAAAAGGAAACACCAUCUAUGCUCCUUAGGCUCACUCAGCUGGGAGCUGCUGCCUGUCAGUGUAGACAGUACAGUGGUACCUCAGGUUACAUACGCUUCAGGUUACAGACGCUUCAGGUUACAGACACUUCAGGUUACAGACUCCACCAACCCAGAAAUAGUACCUUGGGUUAAGAACUUUGCUUCAGGAUGAGAACAGAAAUUGUGCAGCUGCGGCAGCAGGAGGCUCCAUUAGCUCAGGUUAAGAACAGUUUCAGGUUAAGAACAGACCACCAGAACGAAUUAAGUUCUUAACCCGAGGUACCACUGUACUGGGUCACACAAUGACCUGUCACCUGACUCAGUUUAAGGCAGCAUCCUUGAACCAUGAAGACUGGAAUCUUAGCUCAGUGGUAGAAAAUCUGCUUUGCAGGGGCUGGGAAUGUCUGAAACCCUGGAGAGUCACUGCCAGCCAGGGUCAACGAGCUAAACAGGCUAAAGGUCUGCAACCUCUGCCUCAUGGCAGGGCCAGCCCCAGCAAUUGCUGCAGAGGACUCAAACCUUUUUCCUUCCUUCCCACUUCCCCUCUCUCAGCACAAGAGCUGCUUCCCAGAGACUCAGGAGAAAGUGAGGCACCUGAAGAGGAAAAAUGCUGAGCUAGCCGUCAUCGCCAAGCGCCUGGAGGAAAGGGCACGGAAGCUCCAGGAAGCCAACCUCAAAGUAGUAAGUGCGGGAGAAGGUGCCGUGUCGCAGACAUCCCCCACCACUGGGGUAGAAAACAUUGAGGCAUGUGGACCAGAGAUUUGGUUUAGUAAAAGGCAGCCUCUUGUGCCCGUAUCUAGAAUCAUAGCAUGGCAGAGUGGGAAGGUACCCCAGAGGUCAUCUAGCCCAACCCCAUGCAUUGCAGCUAAAGAAUCCCCAACAGACUCCAAACCCUGCUUAAAAGCCUCGAACAAAGGAGAACCCGCCACCUUCCCAGGUAGUCUGCUCCACUGUCUUGUUCUCUUUCUGCUGCAGGUCAACACCCCGGUUGCGGUGAAGGGCUCCUGUGCGGGACUCUGCAAGAAGGCACUGGCCCGCCAGCGGGCUAUGGACCUGCGUGAGCAAGCCAGUGCGCUGCUGGCAAAGGACAAGCAGAUCAACGCCCUGCAGCAGGAAUGCCAAGAGCUGCAGGCCAAAAUCACGUCGGGAAAGGUGAAGGUUCCAUGCAGAGAUAUCUUGGGUUUGGAGAGGGGUGCGUUAGUUGUGCAGAAACCAGCCUGGUGCACGGAGGCAAAAUUCCUGUUCGUGGCUUUGCAAACUUUUGCCUCUGCCACGAGGCCCCCAGAAAGUUGGGCCAAAAAUGGUUCAGAAAGCAGCUCUCUGCGGUUUCAGACUAGGGGACUUGGCAGCCUUUGCAGAGAGAUGCUGUCAGGAUUGGGCUUUCUACAUGCAAAAAAGAUACCCUACCCCUUCCCCAAACUUGAUUCAAUUCCUUUAAAAAGAGUUAAUUCUGUUUGAAAUCAUUUUUAUACAAAGUACUGACGCGGGUGGCGCUGUGGGUUAAACCACAAAGCCUAGGAACCGCCGAUCAGAAGGUCGGCGGUUCGAAUCCCCGCGACGGGGUGAGCUCCUGUUGUUCAGUCCCAGCUCCUGCCAACCUAGCAGUUCGAAAGCACGUCAAAAGUGCAAGUAGAUAAAUAGGUACCGCUCCAGCAGGAAGGUAAACGGCGUUUCCGUGCGCUGCUCUGGUUCGCCAGAAGCAGCUCAGUCAUGCUGGCCACAUGACCCGGAAGCUGUACGCCGGCUCCCUCGGCCAGUAAAGCGAGAUGAGUGCCGCAACCCCAGAGUCGGCCACGACUGGACCUAAUGGUCAGGGGUCCCUUUACCUUUACUUUACUGAACAGCAGGCAGCAAGCGCUGCCUUUACAGUCCUUUAAUGUGGAGAGGGAUGCUUAUCGUACUGUGUGCAGUUCUGGUUGCCUCACCUCCGAAAGGAUAUUGGAAAAGGUUCAGAAAAGGACCACCUGAAUGACUGAGGGGAUGGAGUGACUCCCCUAUGAAGAAAAGCUGCACCAUUUGGGACUUUUUAGUUUAGAAAAAAGGCGAGUAAGGGUUGAUGUAGACGCUUUUUAAAAUUAUGCAUAGCAUGGAGGAAGUGGAUUGAGAAAGGUUUUUCUUCCUCCCUCAUAACAUUAGAACUCAUGGGCACCCAAUGAAGUUGGACGUGGGAAGAUUCAGGACUGAUAAAGUACUUCUUCAUGCAGUGUGUGGUUAAACUAUGGAACUCCCUCCCACUGGAGGCAGGGAUAGCCAACGACCUAGACACUUUUGAAAGAGGAUUAGACACAUUCAUGGAGGAGAGAGUUUAUUUGGCUAUUAGCUCCAAUAUCGAUGCUCUGCCUCCACCGAUUACCAGUUGCUGGAAACCACAGGAGGGGAGAGUUGCUCUUGUGUUUGUAUCCUGGUUGCUGGUUUCCCACAAUGGGCAUCUGACUGGUCACUGUGAGAACAGGAAGCCAGACUAGAUGGGCCAUUGGCCUGAUAUAGCAAUCUCUUAUUAUAUUCUCAUGUCCAUUGAGGAACUGAUUAACCAGCUGAGAUUUCUUCAAAUCUAGAAGCAACCCUAAAGGUGAUGGUUUGUGUCUUCCUAGGAAGCUUCUUCUCCUUGCCUCCCCCUCCUGGACUUCCGCCACCUGCUCCGAGAGUCGCAGAAGGAGGUGCUGCGUCUACAGAGGCAGAUUGCCCUGAAGAAUUUCAAGGCAUCCCUGGGCUCUCACAGCCAGGGGUCAGGGGAUGCUUCCUUGGCAUCCGUCGUGGGCAUGGGGUCCCCUGCACCAGCCCUGCCGGCCUGCUCAAAUGGCUUUUCUCCUUCAAGGGUCUCACGGCAGCGAAAUGUGCUGUCCUCUGCAGUGGAGGCAGUGAGGAAGGUAAACUGCUUAUAGACUUGCACUUCAGACUUCUGUGCUUAUUGUUAAGUCCCGCUCGUUAUUAUCACAUUAGAUGCAAGUGCACGUCCUUUCUGGUUUGUAAAUAAGACAUUUGGCCAGGUUUCUUGCAGGGGGACAUACAUCAAGCAUGUACAUCAAGCAUGCAAUGAACGUUGGAUGAUUAAUUAAUUGAAUUUGUAUACCGCCCUAUACCCUCAGGUAGUUCACAAGAUAAAAUCACAAUGUAAAAACAUAUAAUACAUAAUAAAAACAAAACAAAAACAACACAAUAAUCCCCCCCAUCCCCAACACAUUUUAAAAGGGCGUUGGAUGUCAGUCAGCCCAAAGCCUGGUUAAAGAGGAACGUCUAAAGGUGUACUGUAUAAUGAAGGUGCCAGCUGCUGAACCUCUCUGAGUUUUUAUGUAGUUGUGGCUUCUGCCCUGAACUGCUAGAUCCAGCGGGUGCUUUUCAGCUAAGUUUUACUCAGAGCAGAUGUACUGAAAUUAAUGAACAUGACAAAGUUAGGCCCAUUAAUUUCAGCAGGUGUACUCUGAGUAAAACCGAGUUGAAGGCUGCCCAGUAUUAAAACAAAAGGUACCCUCAUCAGGUCUCUGUCUUGCAUGAAUCUAAACGUGGUGAUCAUUAUCACAACAAGAGCAGGAAUUUAUCAUUCUUAUUACAAUUAAUUUAUUAAACCACCGCCUCAAGGCAAUUUACACACGAAACCAUGAAGAACAGUUAGAUUUCAUCAUUGCUUUGCCCUAAGGUAGAGUCUAAAAAUGCUAUCGUGGUCGCUCGGUAUGUCUGGGAACUCUGAGACACGUGAAGCCGCUUGAAGAACGUGCGAAUGCUAACGAGGGAGGUUUCGUUGUGGGGUGGGGAAAGGGCUGCCAACCUCGCCUACUAGCUCCUCUGAUGCCCUCGGGCGGCCCUUUCCAACCCCAGCCCGGACCCGCAGGGCCGGGAUGUCCCACUGCCGGCGGAGGGGUGGCAGGAAACGCGGAUGCCCACCCUCCCGCUUGCAGCCUCCCGAGAGCGGCUCCUCCUCCCCCUCCCUUGGCGGGGAAGUGGUUCAGCCCAGCCGACCAACCCGCCCAGCCGAGGCCCAGCCAGCGCGGAGCUCUCCGUGGUGCUGAAAUUGGGAGCAGCAGGUAGGAGUCCGGCGCUGUCCGGCGGGCCAGGCCGCAGCUCCCGCUUGGCCGAGCAGGGAGGGGAGAUGGGGCUGGAAAAGGACCCCGGAGGGAGGAGGGUGGCUGCAGCCGGCCCUCCUGGCCUUGCGGGCCGGCUCCUUCAGUGCCGUGGGACGUCAUCAUGGAGUCCUCUGAGCGUUUGCAGAGUGCUUCUCGCAGCCACCGGGAGGAGGCGGGAGUCAGAGAGGGGCGGUUUCCAGGCGUUCGAUGGGUAGGGUGGGUGGAAGAAACUUUUAAUAGCGCUAUGAUGUUUUUAACUGUGUUUUGUAUUGAGGGCGCGGUCUGGGGAAAAAGGUAGGGCAUAACAACAGCAGCAAAACAACAGCAGCAACAAGGAAACGCAUUGCAACUCCAAUUUUGCCUCUGGGUUACCCUCUCCCCUGCAGCUACCAAGGGCUUUGCUUGCCUUUGACUUGCUUCUCCAUCGGGUCCCUGGCAGAAUCGGGGCCUUUGCUGCUGCUCCUAGCCCAGAUCAGAGCUUUAGAUUAGAGAAGCGGCAGGGCAACCCUAUUUUUUUCACGCAGAAGGGUCUGCGGGUUCAGUCCUGGCAUUGCCCAUUUAUUUUAUUUAGCAGAAUUUAUAUACAUCUUGAUUGUAACCAACCCUCCAUGCGGUUUGCAACAAAUACUAAACUGAUCAAUAAAUAUAAGUAGGUGAAAACAUUUGGAUAGCCAUCUGUCAGGGAUUACCGUAUUUAGGUGUGAUUCCUGCAUUGCAGGGGGGGGGGGUUGUGUGUGUGUUAGCAGUUAUGUCCAACGCUACAAUGCUAUUAUUUGAAAGAUAAUAAAAUUCAACAGAACACUAGAAAGAGAUUAAAACACACACCAGCAUUCUGCAUAUCUGGAUAGGCUUGCCUGAACAAAAAGUGUUUUCCCCUUCCCUCUGAAUCCCUUUUCUUUUUUGUAUUGUAUCUUUUAGAUUGUAACAACCAUUGGCAUUUGUAAGCUGCUCUAAGAGCCUUUUUAUGAAUACAUAAGCACAUAGCUCAAUUCCUUAGCCACUACACUAUGCCAGUGCAUAAGAGAGACUUGGCUUUAUGCCUGAAAGACAAAAGUGCUCCGUUGAUGUUGUUGUAUGUCAGAGUAGGACAUAAGAGACCAGGGUUUAAUCCCCACUCAGCCAUGAGGCUCACUAGAUGGUCUUGGGUCCAGUCUCUCUCUGUCUCUGUCUGUCCCUCUCUCACACACAAACAACCUAAUCUACCUUGCAGGUUUGCUGUGGGGAUCAAAAGAGGAGGACAAAAACCAUGCAAACUGCCUUGAGCUCCUUGGAGAAAAGGGUGGGGUAGAAAUGCAAUAAAAUAAAUAAAUUCACCUUCCACACAUGACCCUGGGCAAUGUGCAGAAGAUAAUAAAAACAGCUUUAAAGCACAGCUAGGAAAAAGAAGAAGAUGAGUUUUAAACCCAUCACAGAGACUUAUUCAGCCAGCUGGGAAAGCCUGCAUGGAGUUAUAGCCAUCAAAGCUCUACUCAGGGUAGACCCCUUCAAUUAUUUAUUUAUUUGCAGGAAUUUCUGUACCACUCAUCAUAUAGAAUACCAAUGCAAUGUAUGUAUAUACACCUGAGAGUAUAUACAAUCAAGAAAUAAAUGAACCUGAGUUAGUCAUGUCCAUUAGUUCAAUUGGUCUACACUGAGCAUGGUUAUAACAUUAGAUACAGCCCUAUUUGGGGGGGGGGGGUUAGGUACCACUUUCAAAGAUGUCCCUGAUACCCACCCAACCUAACCUCAGAGGGGUGUGGACACUAAGAGCAGGAUCCUGGAACAGGAUCCUCUUCUCUUGUACAACCAAUCUGUUCCAGGAUCCUGCUCUCAGUGUCCACCCAGACUACCUAAAAGAUGGUACUCCAGGGGAGCACCUUUAUGUAUUCAUAAAGGAGCUCAAGGUGGCAUGCAUUGUUCUCCCAGCUCCAUUUUAUCCCCAUGACAACCCUGCGAGGUAGGUUAGGCUGAGAGAUUGUGACUGGCUCCUGGGCUGCUGUCAGGGCAAACUGGGUUUUAAUUUCUGGUUCUGAAUGUGUUUUGAUGUCUUUGCUUUUAGCAAGUUUGUUUUCAUUGCUUCAUAUUUUAUAAUGAUGCUUUUAAAUGUUGGAAGCUGCCUUGAACCCCACUAGGGAGAAAGGUAGACUACGAAUACAUUGAAUAACAACCACCACCACCAGGUUCUUAGCCAUGUAGAGCUUUAUCUGUUAAGGGGAGCCCUUUGGCUGCAGAAUGGAUGGUUGCCCAUGGCCCCACUUCCCCCUUGAGUCUGGCUGAGAUUUCUCUCCUUUGCAGAGGGGCCCCAGAGCCCAUCCUCUGGCACAAGUGCAUGAUGGGUAUGAAACCCUCCCUGUGAAGAAGGGGGUCGCAACUUCUCCCGAGACCAAACGGCAGAUCCAGCAAUUGGUGGGUUCCCCUUGCUGUUACUUUGAAUCUAGCUUCUAAGCAGUUGGCAAAGUAUAAGAAUCCCACUACUGCCACAAGAAUGGUAAAAGUCAGUUGGGGGGAGUUUCUGGGAAUGGGUAACAGUCAAUGGGCAACAUCUUUCAGGGUUUCAAAUCUCCUUGGAACUACGAUGCCCUGGCAUGGAAUGCGUGGGGCACCUCAUCUCCUUUUCUCCCCCCUUUUCCGGUAGGAGUCUGAGCUCAGAAGAAAGCGGAAACAAUGUGAAAACCUUGAACAUGAAGUGAGGAAGAAGCACAAGAGAUGUGCAGAGCUCGUGAGUAGCAUCCUGCACCCAGAAGCACUGUCGGAGGUGCAUCUCCGCCCCCAUGCUAACCUCCGAGGCCAAAUCUUGAGAGGCAGAUCAGCCAACAGCAUACAAAGUGUUAUGGAUGAUGGGAAUUGUAGUCCAGUAGCAUAUGGAGAGUUAUGGAUGAAGGGAGUUGUAGUGCAACAACACACAGAGGGCCACACAUUUCCUAUUCCUGCAAUUAAAGAAUGGAUUGUGUUAUGCCUGCUCCUGUCCCUUGGUCACCUCUACCUGUUCCUACAGAUUCCCGGUUUCUCUGUCAAAGGAGGCAAAUCUUCUUUCCACCCCCCAGAAAAAUCUGUUUUUUUGUCCCUGUGCAGGAAAUCCAACUGCAGGAGGUGCAAAGCAAUAAUGUCCGGCUGUGUGAGGAGAACACUCUGCUUCAUGGGCAAUUGGAUUGGACAGAAAAGGUAGGAAGGGAUCUCUCCUCCCACCAAUGCCUGAUAACCAUUGAGGAAGUGCAAGCAAGCUUGUGGGCAACCCCAAACUGGGAACUUUCAGUGCAACUGAAAUGGAAAUUGAUCCACAGUAAGUUCAGGGCAGACAGAGGAAAUUAUUUUCAGGCAGGGGCUUCAAGCAGGGGCUUGAAGUUGGGGCAGCAGAAUAAUGGGGUCAUAGAACUGUAGAGAAGAGACAUCAAGGACCAUCUAGUCCAACCUCAUGCAAUCCAGGAUGCAUGUGCUUUGCCGCUGAGCAACCUUCCGUUUCUCCCUGGGCAGGUUGAAUCUGAAAAUGCUGACUUGAGGUUGCAGGUGGCCGUGGUGACCGAGGAACGGGAUUCUGCUCUCCAGAAAACCCAGGAGCUCCAGAACAGGCUGGAGAGUCUCGGGCAGGCGCUAAAGGUUGGUCAGAUCCAGGGUUGUGAUUGGAAAGGGGCAUCUCUUUGAGCAGCUCUCUGCCCUGAGCUUCCUUGCUAGGAAGCUGGGAUAACAGAGGAGGCAGAUUUGGGAAAAGGGUUCCUGGUUCCCAGUUCAAAAAUUGGUAGGGUGUGUGUGUAUGUAGACGCCAGCUCCUUAUUCAGGCUGGCUGUGCUCCGGUGUUGAAAAAGGGAGCUGGAAUCAGGAAUGGGGAAGUGGCUUCUGUUUCAGGGAUUUGUAGCAGGGAAAUGGAAUGCCAUUUUAUGGACAGUCUGAGUAAAGCCCUAUACAGCUUAGGCCCAGGCUAUUUGAAGGACCACAUUAUCCCUUACAAACCCGUCUGGGCUCUGCGAUCUGCAGGGGAGGGCCUUCUCUCAAUCCCACCACCUUCACAGGCAUACUUAGUAGGAACAUGAGAGAGGACCUUCUUGCUGCUUCCAAGCUUUCAAACUCCAUCCUAGAGAAGCCAGGCUGUGUCCCUCCUUGCUGUCCUUUUUCUGGGAGGUGAAGACCAUUUUAUUCCAACAGCCCCUUGGGAACUGACUGGUGUGUUUUUUUUAAUAGCGCUGUGCUGUUUUUAUCAUCUGUAUUCAAAUAGAUGUUUUAAAUAUUGUUCUAUAUUGGCUAACUAAUUAGUUGGAGAAGCAAAGGAACCAGGUUUGCCCUGUUGUUCUCAGGGGAUACAUCCAAGGGGACCUCAAAUCCCAGAGAGAAGUGUGAGAGGAGGAGCAGGAAGUUGUAAACAGGAUGCAACCUAAAAUGUAUCAGUCCAGACAUCAAAGAAAUAGAAGUCAGUGUAGAGAUAAAGGUACAGGGAAGUCUGCGCAGCUGGAGGUCUCUUACUCCCUGUCUUAAUCCUAUGCAGACCUUCUAAGCAAACAGAAACUACACUGUAAGUGAAAUCACAAGUUGUUGUUUUGCUUUUUUUUUUUAAAAAGAUACUCUUUCCCCUCCAUGGGCCAAAAUAUGUUUUUCUUUGGUCUGGAUGGCAUGGGCUGCUUCUCAAUUGUCAGAAGCUGCUAUACCCCCUUCUUGAGAAGAGGGUCCCCAUAGCCUGGAAGGAAACCCCUGAGGUGCUUGGAGGGGUCAUCAGCACUCAGCUCUGCUCUCAUGCACUUCUGGUUUCCCCAGCACAUGAGAGAUGUUGCGGAACGAAGGCAGCAGCUGGAACAGGAGCAUGAGAGGGCCCUGCAGGCCUUGCAGAAGAAACAGGAGGAAGUCAGGCAACUGCAGCAGGUGAGAGAUCCACCAGGGAGACCGCUUGCAUCCUUCUCUUCUUGGUUAGUGCACCCUUGAGAGAGCUCUUCCAUGUGCUAGUAACCUCCUGAUUAAAGUAGGGGCGGCUAAACUGUGGUCUUCUACUUCCAUAAUUCCCUGGUGGUUGGUCGUGCUGGCUGACGGGUGUGUUAGGCACCCAAGACCUCAAGAAAUAGGAUUGGUGACCCCUUAACCUCUUUUUUCUUCUCCUCUUGCCUUCAGGCCCAGGCUGAAGCAAGGAAGGAGCAUGAAGGAGCCGUCCAGCUCUUGGAGGUAAAGCGGGGAGAAAAUCAAGGAAGACAGAGGGAAGGCAUGCUUUUUAAGUGCAUGUCUUGCCCUCUAAAAGAACCCUGAGAACUGUAGUUUGCUAAGGGUGCUGGGAAUUGAAACUUUGCGGAAUGAUAAGCCACGGUUCCCAGGAUUCUUCAGGGGGAACCCGUGGGCUUGAAAUGGACUAGUUGUCAGCAGCCGGGAAAACAGUCAGUUGUGUGGUUUUGUUUAUUAAAGGGAUUUUUCAGCAGAGCUGAUGUGUUGCAGGAUUUCAUAGAACCAUAGAAUUGUAGGGAUGGAAGGAAUUGUAGAGUUGCCUUGGAAAAGCAGUUCCUGGGAAACACCAGUAAGGGAGAGUUUCUGUUGAACUUGGGUCAUGUUUUCGGGCUUCCUAUUGUGGCAUCUGGUUGGCCAAUGUGAGGACAUGCAUGUUAUGGAGAAAGUGGAAGAGAAAGCCCCCCCCCCAAUAUCAUAAUGGUAGAACAGUGGGCAUACAAUGAAGGAGGCAGUGAUGGCCACCAACUUGGAUGGCUUUAAAAGAGGACCAGACAAAUUCAUGGAGGAGGAGAAACUUCUCAAUGGCUGCUAGUCAUGAUGGCUCUGCUCUGGCUCCAUGGGUGAAGGUGGCAAUGCUACAGUGGUACCUCAGAUUAAGUACUUAAUUCGUUCUGGAGGUCUGUACUUAACCUGAAACUGUUCUUAGCACCACUUUAGCUAAUGGGGCCUCCUGCUGCUGCCCCGCUGCCGGAGCACAAUUUCUGUUCUCAUCCUGAAGCAAAGUUCUUAACCUGAAGCACUAUUUCUGGGUUAGCGGAGUCUGUAACCUGAAGCGUAUGUAACCUGAGGUAUCACUGUACUGGAAAUCUCAGGAGGGGAGAAGGCUCUUGCCCACAAGCCCUGCUUGAGGGCUUCCUCAAAGAGGAAUCUGGCUGGCCACUGUGAGAGCAGGAUGCUGGACUUGAUUGCCCAUGGGCUUCAUCCGGCAGGCUCUUCCGAUGGUCUUAUGGAACUCCCUCCUACUGGAGGCAGUGAUGCCUACCAACUUGGAUGGCUUUAAAAGAGGAUCAGACAAAUUUAUGGAGGAAGGGAAGGCUAUUGAUGUCUACUAGCCACGAGGGCUAUGCUCCUAAAUACCAGUUGCUGAAACCACAGGAGGGGAGAGAGCUCUUGUGCUUGGGACCUGUUUGAUCUGGUCAGUCACUGUGAGAACAGGAUGCUGGGCUAGAUGGGCCCCCUGUGGUCUGAUACAGCAAGUUCUUAUCAUAGCUGUCAACUUUUCCCUUUUCUUGCGAGGAAUCCUAUUUGGAAUAAGGGAAUUUCCCUUAAAAAGGGAACCGUUGACAGCUAUGGUUCUUAUUAAGUUCUUAACAGGAUGCUGGCCUAGAUGGGCCUUUGGCCUGAUCCAGCUGCAGGACCCUUAUGUUCAUUCUCACACCUGUUUCCUAGCCAUUUCUCUGAAAUCUAGAUUCCGCAUCAGGAUUAUUGUUUCAGGAAGAUGCCUGGGUGCAGUUAAUCACUUUCCCUCUGCUCAUUUCCUUCUUCUUUCCUGACAGAAUUCCUUGGAUUGCAUGCAGGUACUGCUGAUCUCACUGUGUUUAGGAAAAUGACCUUCCCAACCAAACCUGGACUGCUUCCCAGGAGUUUGGAAUGGAGAAAUACCAGAUUUCAACCAAUUUUGGACUGGGGUGGGGAGACAGCCAGAGAAGAACAGAAAGGAAUUCAGGGUUUAUUGGUCUCUCCAUUCCAAAUGAGCAGCUGUGCUUAUCCUGCAAAACAAGAGCAAGCUUUCAGGCCCCAAAAGGCUGUUUCUCCAGUUAAACAGCCAGAAGUUAUAUAGUUAUAGAACUGUAGAGUCAUCUAGUCCAAUCCCCUGCAAUGCAAGAACCACUGCUAAAUAUGCACACGAGCCCUUGGUGACACAGCAAUAAAUGUGGGUGUUGCGGAGAGAGAAGGAAUUUUGCCUUCUAGGGAAAUUGGCUGGUGGUUUUGGAGCUCCCCCCCUGCAGUUAUGAUGACAUGCAAAUUGGCUCACUUACUUAAGUGCCCUACAUUGCUCGCUGAUGCAGUCUUCCCUUAGCCAGGCACCUCUUACUGAGAAUGUCUUGCUUGCUCUUGAUCUUUGUGGCACAAAGGGAUAGCAGUGUCAUGCAUUUGCUGUGCUGGCAAAUAGUUAGAAGUGUGCUGUGGAUGUUGUUAUGUGUGCGAGUAUCUGGGCACGUGAUGACACCAGUCCGCUUUCCCCUCUGGUGGCUUGUUUGGUUGUAGCUGCACUAGUCCUAACAGAGCCAUCCCUACCCUUAGGCAGGUCGAAGCAGCUGCCACAGGCUGGAGUUGCUGAGGUUGGGGGGCGGUCAGGUGCUGGAGGGCAGACAUCAUGCCUAAAUGGCUGCUCUCACUCAACAGCCUUGUUUUGCUGUGGGGAUGGGAAGUGAUGUCUCAGUGGAGCAUCCAGCUUGAGAGGCAGUCUACCAGAUUCCAUUGGAGUCACCAUGGACUGAUCCAUCAAAUUCCUUCUGACAUUCUUCUGGAAUCAAAGGAUCAUAGAAUUGUAGAGUUGGAAGGUGCCCAUUAGGUCAUUUGUCAAAUACAGGAAUCACAGCCAAGUUAUCCCUCUUUCUUAACUUUCCCCCACCCCAGGCCCGUGUGAGAGAGCUGGAGGAACAGUGCCAUAGCCACACGGAGCAGUUUAACUUCCUCUCUCAAGAGCUCAAGCAGUUUCGCCUCCAAACUGAGAAAAUCGGUCUUCCGCCCUCCUCCCAGGUGACGUCCGAGGUCACCCUCACCACUUGCCAGACUUCUCUGCAGCUCCUGGAGGGACUCAAGGAGAAAGGUGACUAUGGAGAAGGAGGAAGCCCUCUCUUUGCUUUCAUUUGUGCCAUUAGAAUAAUCCAGAUGCCAUGGUGUUCCCAGAUUCAGUAACCGUAGAGUAUGAUUUGCUUCUUUAGAGUAUGAGAGCCAGUGUGGUGUAGUGGUUAAGAGCGGUAGACUCGUAAUCUGGUGAACUGGGUUCGCGUCUCCGCUCCUCCACAUGCAGCUGCUGGGUGACCUUGGGCCAGUCACACUUCUCUGAAGUCUCUCAGCCCCACUCACCUCACAGAGUGCUUGUUGUGGGGGAGGAAGGGAAAGGAGAAUGUUAGCCGCUUUGAGACUACUUCGGGUAGUGAUAAAGCAGGAUAUCAAAUCCAAACUCCUUCUCCUCCUCCUCCUCCUCCUCUUCUUCUUCUUCUUCUUCUUCUUCUUCUUCUUCUUUGGUGGUGGCAGAGAAAGCAAUACGAAACAUGCAAUAUAACAAUCCAAUUAGAACAACACAGUUAUUAAAACAGGGGACUGGAGGUAAAUCUGAGUCAAACCUGUUGCCUGAGGUGGGCCUUGAAGUGCAGCCAUGUGGCUCUCUCGGCUGUCAUGCAAGCUCCCCAGUUCCAGAGUCCAUUCCAUUGUCCCUGCACCCACCAUUUUGCUUGGCGUCUCUGCCUGGCAUAAUGUAUAUACUGUUCGGUUUCAGAUCCAGAAAUUGCCACCAUCUCUCCCCGGUGCAGCCAGAAAGCUCAAGAUGGAGGGCUGGAAGGAAUCUCCCACCUUGCCGAGCCUGUGGUGCCCGCUGUGGUCAGAAGCCCAGGUGCAAAUACCCCUCCGCUUCCCUCGAAGAAAAUGGUCAGGAAACUGGAGUCCCAGUCCAGCUCCUCAAGAUCCGAGUCCAUGCAGAACAGCCCCAAAUCCUGCCCUACCCCUGAGGUUAGUCCUGGGCUAGGCUUCUUCUUCUUCUCUUGUUUUUUAAGCAGGCAACCAAAAAAGUACAGUCAAGGCGCCUGCCUGGUGUCAAUAGGCAGGGAGUUCCAAGGUGUAGGUCCUGCCAUAGUAGAAGUUCGAGUUCUUUCAAAUGUGGAAACGGAUAUUAUGUGGCACCCAUAACAGGGCUUCAAACGGAGACCAAAACUGGUGACUGGGUUCAGAUGGACUAGCUCCUUUGCUCUGUCCUUCCCACAGCAGAGGUGUUCACUGUCUUCUGUCAUUUUCAUUAGGUGGACACAGCCAGUGAAAUGGAAGAGCUGGAUAUCGACACGAUCUCACUAAUCCCAGAACCAGAGAACCAAGGUCCAGUGAAGCUCCGAGUCUUCUUAGCUCGUUACAGGUAGGGUCUCCAUGUUGGUGGGAAUGAGGAGGCUUGGGAUCUGAAUUCGCUUCUCUCACAUUCUUAAGGUCACCGAGGUCUGCCACAACUUAAGGCAGGGUGGAGCUAUUCCAAACAGCUGUGUGGCUUUUGCCUCAUAAGAAAACAACAUACCUUCCAACACAACAAAGGCAAAAACUAUGAAGCCAUCUUUUUGCAAGAGGACAGCGACCAUUUUGGUCACUGUGAUCUCAUGCAGUUUCAUGCUAUGAUUCCCGCCCCCCUGAAAUAAGCACUUCGUUGGGGCAUGGAGCCCAAAAACACAUGCUUUGCAGUGCCACACGAGAUUGUGGCUCAGGGAGAAGUGUGUUUUGGGGGGAGCAUCAUGGCGUGAAAUUGCAUGAGAUCACAGUGCCCAAAAUGGCCGCUGUCCUCUCGUGAGAAAAAACGGGAUGUCUGGGACACUUGUGGUGUAUGACAUAAGAAAAGCCCUCACAGUGGCCAACCAGAUGCAUUUACUGGGAACAUAAGAAGAGCCUGCUGGGUGAAGCCAAUGGCCCAUCAUGCUGCCACAGUGGUACGAGCACGACAGCAACUCUUCCCACUUGUGGCUCCCAGUAACUAGCACUCAGAGUCAUAAUAUAUGUGGUUCAUAGCUAUUGGUAACCUCAAGACUUGAUUCCUGCAAUGCAGUCUGUGUGGGGCUGCCUUUGGGGCCUGGUCCGGAAGCUCCAGCUGCUGCAAAAUGCUGUGGCUAGACUGUUGAUAGGGAUAGACUAUCACCAGUGUACAGCAAUGAGACUUCAGAGCUUGUGCUGGCUGCCUAUACAUCCAGUGCCUUGCUGACUUCCAAGACAGCACUGUCAGCUGCCUAGUGUCACUCUUGACUUUUCCGUGUAAAAACAAUUCCUCUUGUUCCCAUUUCAGCUACAAUCCAUUUGCUGGCCCCAACGAGAACCCCGAAGCAGAACUCCCGCUGACGGCCGGUGAGUACAUUUACGUCUACGGAGAAAUGGACGAAGAUGGCUUCUUUGAAGGUACGACAUCACCAUCUUAUGAAGAUUAUUUGUAACGUUCUUGCUUAUUGAAAUAAUUAUUGGUGGGGAGUCCCAGAAUUCUGGGGAGCAAGCAGUGCCAACCCAAAGAACAAAAGAUUAUCGCAUCAUUACCACCAGCAGCAUCCUCAUUUCCAUAGUUAAAACCAUGCUGUUCGGCAUAUUGCUAAUUACUGCGGUGUUUUCUUUUUCAAAUAUGCAGAAGUAUUUGUUAAACCUCAACAAUAUUUUGCUGUGCUCACGUUCCAUGUCUGUGCUGCUGCUGCACAAUACAUUUUCCUGUCCUUUUUUCUGGUAUCUUCUCUCCCUCUCUUAUUUCUUUCUCUUUUUCCCUUCUGUACAUUUUUUCUUAUGAUUUUAAAACUCCAAUAACUAUUAUAUGGGGGACGGGGACACAGUGCUGGAGACACAGCAUCAAGAGAUUUACAGAGUGUGAAAAAUAUAACGAUGGCAUGCAUAUAUAUAACAACGCAUCGAAGCACACACAACAAAAUUAAGCAUCAUUUCUACCCUGUCACCUCUUGACCUUCACUUCCAGGGGAGCUGAUGGAUGGGCGGAGAGGCCUGGUCCCCUCCAACUUUGUAGAGCGAGUUUCGGACGAGGACCUUGUGACGUUCCUGCCUCAGGAACUCCACGAUCUCUCCCAGAGCUCCCCUCUGGAAAGGAGCUCCCUCAGCACCAGCCUCAGCAGCGCGGAAAGGAGCGACUGCUCCACCGAGGAGCUCAGCGCCAGCACAGCACCCUCCAGGCUGGAAGAGGACGAGGGAGCCAUACCCACGGUAGGGACCCCUCCCUUCAACAUUAAUUGAUUUUUUUGUUGCGUGCAGAAAUGUGUAGGCCCCAAUGAAACAGGCAAGCGAGAGGGGGAAAGAAAAAUAAAAGCAAUACAGGGAAAUGAAAUAAGAACAGCAAACCAGUAUACCAAUCAUGCUUCACUGAGGUGGUAUUUAAAUUAUUAUUAUCAUCAGUGCUGUUUUUCUAGAAAAAAUAGGUGCCGGAGCUCAUCAUGAACUUCUCCCAUGUUCUCUUAGAAUGGUGCUGGAGCCGAGCUCCUAAAAAAAGCCCCAAUUAUAAUAUUUAUUUAUAUCCCGUCUUUCUCCCCAGUCAGGGACUCAGGCGGCUUACGAUACAAUAAUCUUUAUUGUCGUUGUCCCAUACAGAACAACAAAAUUGAAAAAGUCUACAUCAGACAUUCAAAACCAACAAGCCUGCUAUCCCAGCCUGGUUAGCCCCCUAAAAACUCUGAUACCCCAUAAUUAAAUACAAUAUACUCCCACAGAGACUACCUUACACUGCGUUUAAAACCAAAAUCGCAUUUGAAUAGAAACUGUUUCUCAGGCGGCUAGUCCUAGUCUUAAUAACCCUGUACCUUCUUCCAGAACACAGAUAAAACAGAGCAAAAACAUAGAAGAGGCAAUAAUUAAAAUGUAAUUAAACAGGAAUAGAAUUAAAAUGAUAUCUGUGUGAUAUUUAUAUGUGGUGGAGGGGUCAAAAGAGAAGAAUGCUCAAGAAGGGUUUGGGAAGCAAAUUUUGUCGAGUCACAUUUGAGAUCAAAGAAAACAUUCAGGGCCAAAAUGGGUUUAACCACUUUGCACUCCCACCACAUGUGCAGGAACGAGCCUCGCUAGUAGUGCCUUACCCCAGGAAGGUGACCCUCAUCAAGCAGUUUGGCAGCAGCCUCUUGGUGGGAUGGGAGCCCCCCCUGCCCACCCCCAGCUCCUCGGAGAUCCAGAGCUACAACCUCUACGUGGAUUCCGAGCUGCGGCAAACCGUGAAGGCCGGAUCGCAGACGAAGGCUGUCGUCGAGAGGCUGGACUUGAAAACGAGAACCUACCGCCUCUCCGUGCAAAGCGUCUCGGAGGCCGGGAGCUCUGACCGGCUGCGGUGCACUUUCCUUGCCGGGGGCGGGUUUGCCGUGGCCCCCACCCAGCUCAGGGUGCGGAGCGUAGCGGCCACCUCAGCCCAGAUCUCUUGGGUGCCCAGCAACAGCAACUUCCCACACACCGUCUACCUUAACGGGGAGGAGCACGAGGCCGCCAAGGCGGGAGUCUACUGGUACACCUUCUGGAACUUGAACCCGAGCACUUCCUAUGUGGCCAUGGUGGAAGUCCAGCCGCAGCAGCAGGCGCUGGGGGAACCGGCCCCGGAGAAGCAGGAUCAGCCGCUUUCCGCAGAGAUCCAGUUCACAACGGCAUCAGCAGGUGAGUCUCAGUCGAGAAAAAGCGUCUUUGCGCGACGCAGCACAUAGAUAAAGAAUGGAACUCCCUGCUGCAGGAGGAAGUGAUGGCUGCCAAUAUGAAUGGCUUUCAAAAAGGGUUAGAGAAAUUCAUGGAGAAGAAGAAGGCUGUCGAAGGCUGCUAGAUCUGAUGCCUAUACUUUGGAAUUCCUUGCCUAUUUAUUAUCAGGCAGGUGCCUUUCCUGUACAGUGGUACCUCGGGUUACAUACGCUUCAGGUUACAUAGGCUUCAGGUUACAGACUCCGCUAACCCAGAAAUAGUACCUCGGGUUAAGAACUUUACUUCAGGAUGAGAACAGAAAUCGUGGCGCAGCGGCAGCAGGGGGCCCCAUUAGCUAAAGUGGUACCUCAAGUUAAGAACAGUUUCAGGUUAAGAACAGACCCCUGGAACAAGGUACCACUGUCCUUUUUUUUUUUUUUUGGUGCUUGCUUGCUAAAAACAUUUUUGUUUAGGCAAGCCUGUCCAGAUAUCUUGAAUGCUGAUUUGUUUUUAAAUCUGUUUUUAGCUUCCUGCUGAUUUUAAAUUAUUAUUAUUAAAUUAUUAAUGUAUUUACUUAUUACAACAUUUUUUAUACUGCCUAUCCACAAAGUCCUCUGGGACAUUUUAAACAAAAAGUUGUGACUCACUAGAAUACAACGUCGCAAUCCCUUUUAAAAAUAUAUAAUUGAGGUUUUAAAUUUUUGAAAGUUUUAAAUCGUUGUUAGUGGUUUUUACGGAUAAUUUUAUUGUUUUACCUUUUUUGUAAAUCGCUUUGAGGGUUUUAACAAUCAAGCAGGAUAUAAAUUUAAUGAAAUAAACAAAAGGGGGGAAAUGCAAAGCUUCGUGACGAGGGUUGCCUUGUAAGUGAUGGCUCCAUUGUCUAUGUAACAAAGGAACGCCAAAUCAUAUAAAAAGUGCCUAGAAGCUUGAGUCCUUGUUGAAAUCUCAUAUUAUGAUGCAUUUUCUCCAUUAUAGCUAUAUUCUAGAGUGGGUGGUACUAAUUGUCCAGGAUAAUAUUCUGACUGUUUGAGCUGCUCCAAUCAUGUAUAACUUGCCAGCAGCUAUUCACCUUGUUUUUAUGACAUUAAGCCACAAAAAACAAAAAAAAAUAACCAAGAGUAGAAAACUAGACUUUAGAAAUGGCUUGGGGCUGCUGCUCUGAACGUGUGCCCUCUUGGCCUUCUGAACAGCACAGAUUACCCUGCAGUAUCACCAGAGCAGUGAAUUUUGCUGCUUCUCCAGCAGCGUGCACAGGGCAAGUUCCAGAGAGUAAACAGAGUGCAAUUCAUUUGAAACUCAUCCCUUACAGGGUCUCCAGAUGCUCCCCUGGAUGUCCGAGUGGAGGCUGGUCCCAGCCCUGGGAUUCUGGUGAUCAGCUGGCUGCCUGUCACCAUCGAUGCAGAAGGAUCGUCCAAUGGGGUGCGAGUCACUGGCUACGCCGUGUACGCAGAUGGGCAAAAGGUACCCGCUUUGUGUUGGACGCAGAUGAAACGCACUGGGCAGAAUAUUAUUACUAUUACUAUUAUUAUUGUUGUUGUUGUUAUUAUUAUUAUUAUUAUUUACUUAUACCCCAUCCAUCUGGCUGGGCUUCCCCAGCCACUCUGGGCGGCUUCCUACAAGAGAUUAAAAAUGCAUUAAAACAGAAGCAUUGUUUUGUUGAUAUUGUCAUUGUUAUGCUUGGGUAUCCAGCUUUAGUCAUACUCAAAGUAGACCAGUCGAAAUCCACAAACUCACCCAUUGUUAGCUCCCAAGGAAGGGUGGGAUUUCAAUUCAACAAGUAAUGAUCAAACUUUAUAUACAAUUCGACAAUUCGUUUUUAUUAAGAGCUGGUCUCGACCUAUAAAGUCACUUGGUCUCCAUUUGUUGAAUUUGUUUUGUGACAGCAAGGAGCAGGCCUUCCGCCAGAUCUUCAACAUUCAUUAUGGGCUGGUAUUAUACCUAAAAGAAAAUUGACCUUUAGCCUAAAAAACUAUAAAUUACUUUCUUCAGUUUUCCAGAUUGCUAUUUCUACAGCUUACCUGUUUUUAUGUAAUUCCAGGACUGAGUUCACUGUCAACUUUUGUUUUGUAUGAUGUGUUCUUCAUUGUGUGUUUCUGGUGUGUCUGGGGAAAAUUCAUUAAAAAUCAACUUAAAAAGGAAAAGAAAUGCUGUUUUUAACGCAUGUAUGUGUUUAUCAUUGGCUUAAAACAUUGUAAGUUACUUUGGGUUGCCAUGACAAAAUAAGCAUCUAAUAUAAGUAAUAAUAAUCAUAACAAUGAUUUUAAACCACCUUAAAUCAUGGGUCACCAAUAACAAAUUUGGUGUUGGAUUUGCUCCUCUUGCCUGUCCCCCUGGUGACCCCUUUCUGCAGGUGAUGGAAGUGACCUCUCCGACAGCUGGCAGCGUCCUGGCUGAGAUCUCCCAGCUCCAGAUCCUGCAGGUCUGCCAGGAAGUCUCCGUAAGAACUGUGUCCCUUUAUGGCGAGUCAGUGGAUUCGGUGCCUGCUCAGAUCCCCUUGGCUCUGUUGGGAGACGCCACCAGCUGUUCCUCUCCGCUGGAGUUUGGCGGUCCUGCCGUGCAGCUUCCAGGCAGGGAGGGGAGGGACGUCCUCACCUCCCAGACCUCCCAGGCAUGCGGGACAGAGGACACCCCUGCAGCCGCCGCCACCGAUUCCUUUGCCAAAUCCACCUCCCAGCCUAGCGUCAGCAGAAAGAAGUCUGGAAGCACCUUGCUGGCGGAGACCUCUCCCAAUGGGUCCACCUCUCCCACCGGGGCUGCCUUGACACACGUGCCGCAGGGUUCACCCCCAGAAAUGGGUCCUCUACCUAGAGGCGAAGGGAAUGCUUUUGUGCCAGUGACUGAGGGCAAUCCAGCCAUGCUCAGGAAGGCUGCCCAGAAGGAAUCUGAAGAGGGCGACCAGGUCAGUGUGGGGUUUUUUUUUGGGGGGGGGAGGCUGGGGAAAGGAAGCAAGGCUGCAAAAGGGAUUGUAUCUAGGGCAAUAAUGUGGGGCAGCCUUCUUUUGCGGGGGAAACUUUUGUGGGUCACAUACCAGUGGUGGGCAGGACUCAAAGACGAAACUGUGCAGGGCAGUGGAUGUGACUCUCACCUUAGUAUUUUCUUUUUAUUUAUUUAUUUAUAAGCAAAUCUUUUAUUAUUAAAAAAUUCAACAUUAAUACAUACAUAUUACGAAUAUACAAACAAACAAACAAACAUAUAAUCCUUAAAAAUAUUCAUAUAUACCCACACUCAAUCCCACAGGUACUUCGUUUUCCCACCACCAUCACCCCACCCUUGUGUUAGACUUCCAAUCUACUCAAUUGCCAUUUCUUUCCACUUCUAUUACUUUAUUUCACACACUUUUAAACCAAUUUUCUACUUUUUUUCCUGUUACACAUUGUUACCCAUCUUAUUUAGUAUUUCAGCAUUUAUAACGGAACUUAUUUAUUCUAACAGGAGUUCUGAUUUUUCAAUAUGAUGUUGCAAAUAUCCUUUAAACACCUCCCAGUCCUUAUCUAUCUUCUCUUUUGAGAUCCUUCCAAUUUCUCCCAUUGUUUUGGAUAUAUUGUAAUACUCCAAUAAUUUGGCAAGCCAUUGUUUUUGUCAGUAUAAUACCACUUUUCCAAUUUUUCGCAAUCAAUAGCCUUGCGGCUACUGUUGCAUAUAAAUAUAAUGUCUUGCCUUCUUCCUUUAGACUCACCUUAGUAUUUUCAGCCAUGGAAAAGGCAGAGGUUUCUACACUCCCUGCUCUCCCCUACCCAUCCUCCUCCCAGGCAAGCAGGCGGUAGUGCCCUGGUUCAAAGACACCGUUGGUUAGAGCAUAGAGUUGAUAACGCCAAGGUUGCAGGUUUGAUCCCUGUAUGGGACAGCUGCAGACUGCGGAAGUUUGGGCUAGGUGAUUCUCAGGAUCCCUUCCAACUCAACAAUUCUAUGCUUUUAUGAUUCCAGUCUGGCAAAAGUACUUGGGGAGGGGGUGGUCUCUGGGAGGGGGUGUGGCCAGAGGAGAGUCCCAAGGGCCAAAUACAGAUGCCUCAGGGGCCACAUCUGAGUUCCCCCAUUUCCUGGCACAGUGACUUGUGUGCAGCUGCGGGAGGAAGGUUGGAGUUUGGACAGGGAGGCGAACUGGGUUUGGAUUUUCCUUCACCCAUGAAGGAAACGGGGUAGCCUUGGGCCAGUCAUAGAAUCACAGAAUUGUAGAGUCAGAGAGCAACCUGAGGGUCAUCUAGUCCACCCCCCCCACACCAUGCAGGAAUCUCAACUAAAGCAUCCAUGACAGUCACGCUUUAUUACUCACUCUGUAAGUACCUUGCAGAGUUGCUGUGAUGAUUAUGUGGGACCUUGAGCUUCAUGGCGGACGUGGGGUGUAGCAUGAUACAUGACGUGUGAAAAGGAAGCACUUCACGAAGCACAAAGUUGAACUAUGGAACUCCCUCCCACAGGAGACAAUUUGGGUCCACCAACUUGGAUGUCGUAAAAAGACGAUUAGACCAAUUCAUGGAGGUCAAUAUGCCACAAUGGCUCUGCCCUGCUUCACAGGCAGAGGCAGCAAUGCUUCUGAAUAACAGUUGCUGGAAGCCACAGGAGGGCUCUUGUGCUCAGAUGCUGCUUCCUGGCUUCCCACUGAACCAUCUGGUUGGCCAAUGGGAGAGUAGGAUGCUGUUCCAGGUGGGCCAUUGGCCUGAUCCAGCAGCUGCUUCUUAUCUACUUCUAUAUUCCUGACUCUUUUUAAAAAAACGGCCCAGCCAAAAUGCAGUGCAAGCUCAUUUUAAUUCUGUUUCCGCAAGUUCAGCCAUUUGCAUCCGCCCAUCGGACGUGUUCCCUGGUGAAAAAACAAGGCAUUUGGGGGUGAGGAGGAGGAGGAAGGAAUGAACCAGCCCAGGAUCCAUUGGAUCCGGAACAUUCCUGCUGCCACUGAGUGUCAGCCCUUUUGCUGCACCGGCUCAAGGUAGAUGCUUCAGUCUACCUGGCUGGCAUGCUGACCUGCUGGCCCCUCUGUUAAGCCCUGCUGACAGCUGUUGGGUUUAGGGUUAGGGCCCUGAUUAGAUCAUAAGUGAUAGCUAUCCAUGUCAAAGAAAAGCCAAGUCCACCAUUGCGAAUGUUGCUUUUCUUGGUGUUUGAUCUUUCUUGCUGCAACCAUUUCCUUCCCAACAGCCCCUGCUGGUGUCCAGAGCGCAGAAGGCAGCAAGCCGAGGAGAAGCCUGCUCUGCCGAUCUGGGGGCAAAAGAGCCCCCACCUGAAAGGGGGGCAGAAAGCGAUUCAAGUUGCCUGGGAACGAAGCUGUUGCCACCCAGCAGGUCUUCCCUGCAAGGCGAGGACAGGUCCGCCGACUCAGGGCAAAGCGAGAGGCGAGCCCCAGAAUCUGUGGCUGGAUCUUCCGGGAGGCUGAAGCUGCUGAAGGAGAUUCCCAGGGAUGACUCCUUGCUGGCGCCCAGGGUCAGAAGAGAGGUCCGUCUCCUUUGUUCAAAGGGUUUUGAUUGGAUUUGGUUAACUCGAGGGCCAGUCAAUUCCCACAAAGUGCUUUGGGACACAGUUGAGCUGAAAUGAAUCUGCGCUGUGAAAAUCCGUCUUUCGGUUACAAAAGUUCAUAUGCAAAAUGUUCAGGGGUGUGUGUGUGUGUGUUUGGAUGUUAUUAUCAGGUGUCAACAUGCACACACAGAUUUUGUGUAUGAACGUUUGCCACCGAAUGAUAGAUUUUCACAGCGCAGAUGCAUGCCAAUGUUCGAUGUCUUUGAUAAUUGACAUGCAAUGGUAGACAGCAUUUGACUAUGCUUGAUAGUUGACAUUCGCGGUAGCUCGCACUUGAUUCUAUCAGGUUGUUCACCUGCAAUUGUAUUAGUAUUUUAUUUCAGUUGGGAAUUAGCAUGCAAUGCCAGUUUGCUUUUGUGUCGGACAGCUGACAUGCAACAGUGGUUACCUUUUGAUAGAUGACACACAAAUGGUAUUUAGAAUGGGACAACUAACAUUUUAUGAGAUUUCACAACUGUUGCUUGCUAAACUCAAGCCUAAAGCCUAAAGCAUCCCAGUUUGCAAUUUCAAAACGUGAAUGUGGAUUUGGAAACUGGGCAGUGUUCCGAUAUUCAGUUUGGCUCCUGGGUUAAUUUUGUGGGGCUUAAUUCUUCACUGACAGCAAUAUCUUUUAAAAUUUCUAAAUUUUCAAAUUUUCGCAGGGAGAGAAAAGGUCUGAUGUGGGAAAUCGUCCGGUGACUCUUCUGACUGACCACAGCCGUGGGUCAGACCUGUCUGAUAUCAUGGAGGAAGAGGAGGAGGAAGAAGAGGAAGCAAGUCAGCAGUCUGGCAAGGCAGGAGAAUCAAAAUGGGCUCCAAGUGAAUGCCCUGGCAGAGAAAAUGGAGAGAAGGUAAUCUGUUGGUUCCCUUAACCACAUGAGUAGGGAACCUUUGACUCUCCAGGUGUUGCUGAUCUAUAACUCACAUUAACCCCUAGGAAUCUUGGCCAGUGGCCGGGGAUGAUGGGAUUUGUAGUCCAGGUGCCCCACACCUGCUUGGAGAAGCUAGAGGUGUGGUCAGUCAGUUGGGUUCACCCAGAGGAACAUUUGUUAAUAACAAAGUAUAUCAUGAUCUCCUUCUCCAAAUGAUGGGGUUCAAGGCAGCAACCUGUCCCUAUCUAGAUGCUGACCAUGCCUAGAUCUGAUUAGCUUCAGCAGACUGGUUCACCCAAAACCAGGAAUGAAAUGGGGUGCAUUGAUCACUUGGUUCAGGAGGUUCCCCUUGUUUGGGAGAGUCCCUAGCCAUGUCCCUAGCCAAAAUGUAAGCAGCUCUGCUGAUCUGGGACCAUAUUCAUCCCACUACACAGCACAUAGCAAAAUAUCAGUUUUAUUAAGUACAGCACAAUGACAAUCUUAUGCAUAGUUUCUUCCUGGGAAUAUGCUCCACUGAACUCAGGGGCGUUCACUUCUGACCUCACAGGAUCAACUUGUCAAAUCCCUUUUGCCCAAAGAUCUUCAGCCACCUGAAACACAACCUUUAGCUUUUCAUUAGCUAUGGCAAGCCAUCUCAUUAGGAAUGGCAAAUGGGUGAGUUGGGGGAGAAGUUAGCAUCCAUCAGCUGUUCUGUUUAGUUGAUUGCAGCCUCUGGGAGCUCAUGACCAGGAGCUCAUAACCAGGACUUGUAAACAGGAGCAUUUGUGAGGGUGUUUUGAGUGCUGUUUCAUGGUGUGUGUAGGAUCAAGAGACAUGGACAGUGAAGGAGAUGCUGCAGUGACCUGCAAUACCUGUGCCAAGUUUCUUUUCCUGUCUGAAAAUGUGCAGAGCUACACCUGUAGCAAGUGCAAACCGGUUGCCUUGAUGGAGAAGAAGAUACAGCAAUUUGAGGCCUGCCUAUCCAUACUACUGAGCUACAAGGCAAGUUCCAGAAUUUCUCGAUAGAGCAGAAUGGACUAUGUUGGAACAGCAACACAGGUGAGAUGCCUCUACAGAGGAGGAAGAUCAUCCAUUGCAGGAGACGAACCCCUGGAGGAAGGUGACGCACAGAAGCAGGACUGUCAGGAGCCACGCUGUGUCACUGGAGCUGCUUGUCUUUAUGAUACAAUGGUUAAUUCGAAGCAAGAUUCCACAUCAAAUUAAUUCUAAGGAGGAAGUGCUUACAAAUGUUGAGACAUGGGAAACCAUAGAAAUGGAUGGACAAAUGGACAGACAGACAGAUAUGGAUUACUAGAGGCUGCCAUCCCUGCUCACAUUGCACACAGCUUCCCCCCUCCCCCCACCCUCUUCCUACAAAUCCUCCAAUAGGGUCUGUGUUCCGACUUCAUGCAAAUCCAGGAUUGUCAUGCGGCAUUGCAAACCCUCCUACGUGAUGACAGCCUUACAUUUAUAUAUAUAUAUAUAUAUAGGAAGAUACCCCAUUAAGAGUUGUUUGGAGGAAGACAAGCCUUGUGUUCCACUAGAUACCUGCAACAUUUAUUCAGCCGGACUGCACAGAUCAUUGAGAAAGGGUAGAUCAGGUAGACAGGCCUAAGGAAGAAAACUUGAAGAGCCAAGCAGGAAAAAAGAAAAAUCCUUUCUGACCUGCUAAAGUUGUGAGACGUUUACACAGGAUGAAAAGGCUGGUGUUUGAUGCAUCGCUGAGCCAGUGUCCUGGGCCCAGAUCAGAGCUGGGAUACUGGCCAAUUCUUCCGCCUGGAUGUUCACAUACACGCACCCCUCCAUAUCCCUAACUUCUUUCUAUGCAGCUGGACUCCUCUGACAUUAUAAUGUUGGUCUUCGCAAUGGAUUUUGGCAAAAGAAGAGCCCUGCAGCCACAGGAUCAGACCAAAGGUUCAUCUAGUUCAGCAUUCCAUUUGCUACAGUGGCCAAUCAAAUGCCUCUGGGGAGCCCAUGGGCAAGGCAACAAAGGCAGCUACCCUAUCCUGCUCUUCCUCAACCCUCCCCAGUAACUGGUGAUCUGAGGUAGAUUGCCUCUGGCUGUGGAGGUUCCAUUUAGCGACCACAGUUAAUAUAGCCACUGAUAGAUGUAGCCAGCCUCCUCCACGAACUUGCCUAGCCCUCUUUUAUUGCCAUCCGAAGGAUUGAUGGUAGGUAGGCGCUAUUCCCCCAUCCCUUUUAACACCUAUUUCCUCUUUCUCUCUCCUUCUCCCUUGCUGGCCUGUUCUCCGGGGCUGGAACACAGCUGGACCUUGGCGACACCGAUAGCGACGAAGAGAUCCUGGAACGGAUCCUGGAGAUGCCACUGCAAAAAAACUGCAGCAAAGCACUUUUCAGCAUCCCAGAAGUAACGGAAGAAGAGGAGGAGGAGGAAGAUUGGGACAGACCAGUUUCACCCCCUCUGGCAAGGAAGUCUUCUGAUGACUUCCGGGAUAGGUCUCCCUACAAAAGAACAGAAGCUCCUCCUCUUCCUGUGGAUGCUCCACCGAAGAGGAACCAGGUUCCGUCGGAGGAGGAAGUCUUGCUGGAUGUCCCCGGGAAGUUCAGGAGAGAGGGUGUGAGUGAGAUGCCAACUUACCCUGAGAACUGGGAGUGGGAUUGCCCUGAGAUUGCUGUGGAGAGGAAGUCUUCCCAGUGGGGAAGGCCCAGCCGUUGCAGAGAGAAAGGACUCGCUCCAUCCCAGGGAAACAGGAAAAGGAAGGUGGAUAUACAAGAACGACCCGCCCGUUCCAUGCUGAGCAAUUCCCACCAAGGUGGAGGAGGCCUCUACAGGGCCCGGAGCCUGAAGGAAAACUUGGACGUGAUCACCAGCCUCGGGGUGGAGGACGAGUCGGAUCUGUGCAGCUGGGCGAGGCAGAGACCCCGCCAAAGGAGGACGGUGCCCCUCAAGGCGGCGGGGGAGGAAGACGGCCCCGGAACCCUCUCCCACUGCCUCAGCCCGGAGAGCUUGGAGAUCAACGUCGAGUACGACUCCGACGAGGACAUGACGAUCACGUCCACCCCGGCCAGCCAGCUCAGUUUGGACGGGAGGGCCGACGGAUCCCCCACGGACUGCGAAGAGGGGUGGAGCGACUCCUCCAGCCGCUCGGGGUCGGUCCAGUCCAGCGGGCCGAGGGAGCUGAAGAGGUGCAGCAGCUGGGAAGAGGAGAGUGGGGAUUGGAGCACGUCCCCCAGCCGCUCACCUGGGAGGCUCUGCUGGAGGAGGAGGGCCUCCGCAGGCGCCUCCGAGGAGAGGAGCCGGAGUCUGGAGAGGAACCCCUCUCUCUGGAGAGGCAGGCUGGAGCGGCCUUGGAAGGAUGUCCUUCCAUCGUCACAUCCACGGGUCUGUGAGCUGCCCCCUUCCCCUACCGCCAUUGCUGCAGCUUGCCGCAACUCUGACCAUGCUUUCUCUCCCCAGCUCCCCAGCUUGCUUGCUUUCUGAUUCUUGUGCUGAGUGCUUUGCUGGAAACAGAGGCGCCUCCUAUUGUCCUAACAGCUGGAGCUUGUGGUGCAUUUGUGGUGCUUCUUCGUGUGGCUUUUCUUAUGUUUCACUCCAAAAUCAACCUGGCUGGCUGGAGGCUUCCCAUGCAGUAUUCCUCUUCCCAAAGGGAAACCCUACUGAAUAAUUAAAUGUUUUCAGAAUUCGAGGACACAUUCCAGCCCUCUCAGUGAAGGGUCAAAGCUGGGUUGGCGAGGGGUGUGGCCUAAGGCGAGGGGUGUGACUGAGGAAGGGGGUGUGGCUUGUGGAGAGCCCCCAAGGCAAUAGGCCUUGGGGGUGGGCCACAUUUGGCCCACGGACCUGAUCUUCCCUCCCACUGCAUUGUGGGUUUCGGGACACGUCAGAGGUAACUUGUACCACAACGCCAAACACAAUGGACUUUUCCCAACAUCUUCUUGGGUCCAGAUUCCAGAAGUUUCCAGAAGAGGAAUAUUGCAUCUUGUAGCUUUGCUUUUGCAUAUGUGCGUGUGUUUGUGUGAUUCUGCCCUGGCCAUAAAUUUUCAGAUCUCGUGAGGAUGGAUCAGGGACUAAUUCUGCCACGGGUUCUCUUCCAGGUGUCGGGCAAUGGCAACCUUGAGCUGCUGAACUCAACCUCUUGGCAGGUCCCUACCAGGAGAGGUAGGCGUCCCCGAAGAAGGUGUCAAGAUGUAGCAGACCCUCCCGACACAAAUUCCGGUAAGCUGCUUAGAAAUAUAGAAAUAUAGAAUUGUAGAGUUGGAAGGAACUCUGAGGAUCAUCUAGUCCAAUCCUAUGCAAUGCAGGAAUAUGCAGCUGUCCCAUAUAGCGACAGAUCCUGCAACUUUGGCAUUAUCAGCACCACUCUCUAACCAGCUGAAUUAUCCUAGAAGGGUUUUUUUUUUUGUGAGCAGGGAAAGCUACAAGGAGGGAUCCAGUACCAGUCUUAGUCAUUUCUGGGGAGGAGGGAAUAAUCAGGGCCUGGGGAUCAAUCCAGUGCUUUGCUGAGUCCAGGACCUGGCCCAAGUGCUCUGCGCUGGCAGACAGACUUAGAACUGGCCUUGGUCUAAUUCUGGGUUUCCGAAACUUGGGUCUUCAGCUGUUUUUGGACUACAACUCCCAUCACCCCUGUCGACUGGUCCUGCUAGCUAGGGGUGAUGGGUGUUGUAGUCCAAAAACAGCUGGAGACCCAAGCUUGGGAGACCCAUGUCUAAUUGCACCCUUUUUUGUGUGUCUCGGGCAGACUCUUGGAGAAGCCCUUCCCCUGAACCAAUGGACUCUGGGGGCUCAGCCCGACUCUUUGUGGCCCUCUUUGACUAUGACCCUCCCUCGAUGUCUCCAAACCCUGACGCAGCCGAGGAAGAACUCCCCUUUCAGGAGGGACAGAUCCUGAAGGUAAGAGCAGAGCUAAGGAGAAGGCGGACAGUUCCGUUUCCCCCAGGUUAUUAAUUUAUGUGGGAAUGUUCAGGGAGGCAGGAGAGGAUAUAUUAAUGAUACCCUUCCUAACUUGCGUUAGCAAGUUCUAUAUCUUAGCAGAGUUUAAACAUUCCCCUUUAAACACACAGUGGUUUGAUUGUUGCAGGCUCAUCUGAGCCUCUCUAUAUAAGAUUCCUGGUAAGAUCCCUUCUUGUCGCUCUUAAAAAGAAUAGACACGACAAUCUUAUUAAAGUCAAUAUGAAAGUAAUUUGCUCACAUUCAUUCAGUUCACAGCUGGAUCCCUGAAGGCAGACUUAGGUUACAAAAGUAUAUAUACCGUAUUUUUUGCUCUAGAAGACUCACUUUUUCCCUCCUAAAAAGUAAGGGGAAAUGUGUGUGCGUCUUAUGGAGCGAAUGCAGACUGCGCAGUUAUCUCAGAAGCCAGAACAACAAGAGGGAUUGCUGCUUUCACUGCACAGCGAUCCCUCUUGCUGUUCUGGCUUCUGAGAUUCAGAAUUUUUUUUUUUUCUUAUUUUCCUCCUCCAAAAACUAGGUGUGUCUUGCGGUCUGGUGCGUCUUAUAGAGCGAAAAAUACGGUACAUGUGGAACUAUCCCAUAAGGGAGUUACCGUAUUUUUCGCUCCAUAGGACGCACUUUUUCCCCUCCAAAAAUGAAGGGGAAAUGUGUGUGCGUCCUAUGGAGCGAAUGCAGGCUUUCGCUGAAGCCUGGAGAGCGAGAGGCGUCGGUGCGCACCGACACCUCUCGCUCUUCAGGCUCCAGGAAGCUAUCUGCAAGCCUUGCGCACCCGGGGGGAGUUCCCCUGGGCACUCAAGGCUUGCGGGCAGCAGCCUGCAGCGCGGAGCACGGGGCGCCCUCCGGAGGACGCCCCGUGCUUCGCGCAGGUGUCGACAAGCCUUGCGCACCCGGGGGAUCUCCCCCAGGAGCGUAAGGCUUGCGGGCGGCAGCCUGUAGCGCGGAGCACAGGGCGCCCUCCGGAGGUCGCCCGUGCUUCGCGCAGGUGCCGGCAAGCCUUGCGCCCCCGGGGGAUCUCCCCCGGGGAGCGCAUGGGUUGGGGGGGGCUGUCUGCUGCGCGGAGCACGGGGCGCCCUCGGUGUACGUCCCGUGCUUCGCGCUGGUGUCCGCACGCCUUGCGCACCCGGGAUCUCCCCGGGAGCGCAAGGCUUGCGGGCGGCAGCCUGCAGCGCGGAGCACGGGGCGCCCUCGGAGGACGUCCCGUGCCCGCGGCAGGUGUCCGCAAGCCUUGCGCGCCAGGGGAUCUCCCCGGGAGCGCAAGGCUUGCGGGCGGCAGUCUGCAGCGCGGAGCACGGGGCGCCCACCGGAGGACGCCCCGUGCCUCGCGCAGGUGCCGGCAAGCCUUGCGCGCCAGGGGAUCUCCCCGGGAGCGCAAGGCUUGCGGGCGGCAGCCUGCGGCGCGGAGCACGGGGCGCCCUCCGGAGGACGCCCGUGCUUCGUGCAGGUGUCUGCAAGACUUGCGCGCCCGGGGAGAUCCCCUGGGCGCGCACGGCUUGCGGGCGGCAGCCUGCAGCGCGGAGCACGGGGCGCCCUCGGAGGACGUCCCGUGCUCGCGCAGGUGUCCGCAAGCCUUGCGCGCCAGGGGAUCUCCCCGGGAGCGCAAGGCUUGCGGGCGGCAGCCUGCGGCGCGGAGCACGGGGCGCCCUCCGGAGGACGCCCCGUGCUUCGUGCAGGUGUCGGCAGCCUUGCGCGCCCGGGGAGUUCCCCUGGGCGCGCACGGCUUGCGGGCGGCAGCCUGCAGCGCGGAGCACGGGGCGCCCUCGGAGGACGUCCCGUGCUUCGCGCAGGUGUCCGCAAGCCUUGCGCACCCGGGGGAUCUCCCCCCGGGAGCGCAAGGCUUGCGGGCGGCAGCCUGCAGCGCGGAGCACGGGGCGCCCUCCGGAGGACGCCCCGUGCUUCGCGCAGGUGUCUGCAGCCUGCCGCCCGGCGCGUGGGGCGCCCUGAAGCAGAGCGCCCCUCACGCCGGGCAGACAUCGGCCAGCCCCACAAGCUCGGGGGACAACGGGGAGGCGCAGCGCCGCCAUCCCACUGUUCCCCGACCUGGUUUUGGGGGGGGAAAUAAAGGAAAAAAAUUUUCCUUUAUUUCCCCCCCCAAAAAGUAGGUGCGUCCUAUGGGACGGAGCGUCCUAUGGAACGAAAAAUACGGUAGUCCCAAGUGACUGCUGACAGAAAAACGAAAUGGAGAAAAAGAGAAAAGAAGAACAUGUGCUCCCCUAAGCAGUUAUGGCCACCAAUUUGGACAGCUUUAAAAGAGGAUUAGACAAAUUCACAGAGGAGGAGAUUUCUAUUGAUGACUAUUAGCCAUGAUGGCUCUGCUCUGCCUCCAUAGUUAGAGGCAGCAAUGCUGCUGAAUAGCAGUUGCCGGAAGCCAGAGGAGGGAUGCUCUUGUGUUCGAAUCCUGCUUGCAGGUUUUCCAUUUGGGCAUCUGGUUGGCCCCUGUGAGAACAGGGUUUUAUCACAUUGAUAUCACAUUUUUUAUCUUCCCAUCAGCUGAAGGUGCCAUUCUGGUCAAAGGUCAUCCAGAGAGCUUGAGUCCUUUUGGUCACCUCGGGAGGAGCUUUUUCACUCUCUCCCCCUCCCCCCCGAGAAACUCUGCUUUGGUGGGGCUGAUAACAAGAGGAAGUUCGAUUCUGCAACGUUCCUAAAUUAAGCAACGGUUUGGGGGCCCGUAGUGGUUUCUCUUCUGUAUCAAGACUCCUUACGAAAUUUUGACCACUUUGCUUUUCUAAAUCUGCUUAUGGGAAGAGGCUCUGCCACUUCCCAAACCCUUGUCACCAUCCUCCACUGUGAACCUUUUUCAGCACCCUUGUGCACAAUUUUUAAGAGAGGGAGAGAGAACUGUUUGCUAGAUUUCCUUUUUUAAAAUAUAUUUUUAUUGAUUUUUUACAUAAAAUUUCCAAAAAUCAUACAAAAAAUUUUCUUAUAUUAUACAACGUUUUGGACUUUCAUCAGCCACAUCUGAAGAUUUUUCAGUCUUUAUCACUUAAUCUGCAUUUCAUUAGUUUCACUAUUACUUUUAAUAGUCCUAAUUCUCUUCAUACUUUUCUCUGCAAUAUUUCACAUAGUCCUCCUUACAAAACUUCUUGCAAUCCUACUAGCGUAAUCUGUUGGUUACAAUUGCUUUUCAAAUAAUUCACAUAUUUACUCCAGUCCUCUGAGAAUCUCUGAUCCCACAGGUUUCGAAUCCUUCCUGUCAUCUUAUCUAAUUCUGCAUAGUCCAUUAAUUUCGUCUGCCAUUCUUCUUUCGUCGGUAAUAGAUUUCCAGAUACAAAUAUGUAUUUCAACGGUGUGCUCCCUAGGAAAUCUAAAUACUUAAAACGCCUCUUUGCAAAUAUGGUUUGAAGAUCCAGCAAGGCUCUUUUUAUGUUCUUAAUAUCUCUCUGACUGCUCCCUCCCAAAAAAACUCUCUUGCAAAUUAUUGUCCAUCUUUCUCAUUGUUUCCCCCUCCUCCAGGUUUAUGGCCACAAGGAUGCUGACGGAUUCUACAGAGGAAAAUGCGGGGGGAGAACGGGCUAUGUCCCCUGCAACAUGGUCUCCGAGGUCCAGGUGGACAGUGAGACCACCAGGAAGCAGCUCCUAGAGGAAGGACGGAUCCCUACAGACAUGCUGGUGGAAAGUCUAGGUGCUCCACUCUGACCCGUGACCUCAGGGUGGGAUGGGGAGCCUCAGGUUCCAGGCCCAGAUGUGACCCCCCAGAAAACACUGGCCCACAGCACUCCCCCCAGGCCAUUCAGUCCCCAGCUCACCCUCCCCUCAAAUGCUUUUGCCUGCCUGGAAGGGAUCGUUGAAUUGUGGUCAUGCUCCUUGCAAGCCAGGACGCAGAGUGUUGCGUAUCCCCAAAUCCAGACUCUAUACCACAGUGAUUGAGAGCUGAAUCCACCAACUGAAAUUAAUAUUGCAAAAAGAUUUCUUACAUUUCAUUAUCUUGCAGAUUGCUAAUUUGCUUGGGUUUUGUUUCGGUUUUUUUAAUGCAGAUAACGGUGUGUUUUCCCCGCCUCCUCGUCGCCUCACAGUUCGCCCACCAAAACCUCGGCGGUCCAAAAAGGGUCUGUAUCGUGUCCGGGGUGUUGAUUGCCUCUCAAGUCCCAUUUGAAGAGAUUGUCACAAAGCUGAGAAACAAAAAACACAGUCCAUGCACAAGAUGUAGGGAAGGGCUUGGGGCACCUGUUUUGCCAUUAGAAGCUCCCAUGUUUGAACCCCAGCAUCUCCAGGGCAUGGGAAAAUACCUGAAAUCUUGGGAAGCCACUGCCAGUCAGUGAAAAUGAUCCUCCUGAACUAGGCAACUUAAGGUUUUGAUUCAAGAAAAGGAGCCUAUGUUCCUACUUAAAUCAGCCCCUUUAUUCAGAACAAUGAGGACUAGAAUCUUGCCUGAUUUUUAAAGGAAGAGCCACUGCUCAGUGGCUGGCCACAUGCAUUGCCUGCAGAAGGCCCCAGGUUCAGUGGGGAAAAACUUCUGCCGGCCAGUGUAGACCAGCAAUGGGGAACCUCAAUUCCAGGGUCCAAAUCUAGGCCUCCAGGUUUCUCUGUCUGGUCCUUGGGACUGUCUCUAGGAAACACACCCUUCUGGCAGUCAGACAGAGAGGCCUAGAGGGCUGGAUUUGACCCCAGGGCCACACCCCUCACCAGCCUUGCUUUGCACCCUGAUCAAGUAAUUUUACCUGGUUAGGAGGUGCCCUUGAACUCUAAAAAUGUUUGUUGCUUCUAUAGAUGGAGGAUGAUGCUUUUCCACAAUGGCUUUGUGUGUGCUCUGGGAAUCUGGGUUUCUUAGAGCUGGCAAACAAACACAGUCCAUUCACAGGGUUGUAGCUCAGGGCCAGGACACCUGCUUGGCAGGUAGAAGGUCCCAGGUUCAUUUCCAGCUGAGGAACAGAAAAGAUCCGAAACUCUGGAGGAUACCCACAGGCUAAAAGGCGUUCCUCACCCCUGCUGUAUGGACCAUCUUGAACUAGGUGGGCCAAGGAUCUAACUUUGUAAGAGACAGCUUCCUGUGUCUUGUGGGCUGGUCAGGGUGAUGCAUAUGGAGGCACUUCUUGAUACAGCGUAUAGUUAAACUACGGAACUCCCUCCCACAGGAGGCAGUGAUGGCCACCAACGUAGGUGGCUUCAAAUAAGGAUUAGAUGAAUUCAUGGAGGAGGAGGAGGCUACUGGCCCCCAAUGGCUCGGCUCUGCCUCCACAGUCAGAGGCAGCAAUGCUUGUGAAUGCCAGUUGCUGGAAACCACAGCAGAGGACUCUUGUGUUCGAAUCCUGCUUGUGGGUUUCUCAUGGGCAUCUGCUUGGCCACUGUGAGAAGAGGAUGCUAGACAAGAUGGGCCACUGGCCUGAUCCUGCAGGCGCUUAUGUUCUUAUGAGGAUGGCUGAGGACUCUACAACAUUGUUUUUGAGGUGAGGGGACCAACAGAGGGUUCCACCUACUAAGCACAGCAAGAUAUCGCAGGAACAUAUGCAACCUUUAGACCAGGGGUAGGCAAACUGAGGCCCGGGGGCCAGAUCUGGCCCAAUCGCCUUCUAAAUCCGGCCCGCGGACGGUCCGGGAAUCAGCGUGUUUUUAUAUGGGUAGAAUGUGUCCUUAUUUAAAGUGCAUCUCUGGGUUAUGUGUGGGGUGUAGGAAUUCGUUCAUAUAUUUUUUCCAAAAUAUAAUCCGGCCCCCCACAAGGUCUGAGGGAUAGUGGACUGGCCCCCUGCUGAAAAAGUUUGCUGACCCCUGCUUUAGGUGAUCCUACCCCAUUCCUCCAUGUAGGGUAGCAAAGGGGUGUGACAGCAUCAGCAGGGGGGGCCUGUGGUAAUAUGGGUGUCCUGAGCAAGAACAAAACUUGACAUCCCCUACCUCCCAAGUAUUUCUUAUUUUCACGGUAAUUAUUUUUUAUUUCUUAUUAUUUUGAACCCCCCUCAGCUUGGGACGCGGGUGGCACUGUGGGUUAAACCACAGAGCCUAGGACUUGCUGAUCAGAAGGUCGGCGGUUCGAAUCCCUGCGACGGGGUGAGCUCCUGUUGCUCGGUCCCUGCUCCUGCCAACCUAGCAGUUCGAAAGCAUGUCAUGUGCAAGUAGAUAAAUAGGGACCGCUCCGGCGGGAAGGUAAACGGCGUUUCCGUGCACUGCUCUGGUUCGCCAGAAGCGGCUUAGUCAUGCUGGCCACAUGACCCAGAAGCUGUCUGCGGACAAACGCCGGCUCCCUCGGCCUAUAGAGCGAGAUGAGCGCGCAACCCCAGAGUCGGUCACGACUGGACCUAAUGGUCAGGGGUCCCUUUACCUUUACCUUUACAGCUCGGCAACAGAUCAACAUCCAAAGCGCUGCCAAUCAGAGCUUUGCAUUUGCAUUAUAGCUGCAUUUAAGGUUAACCAUAUGCUCUGCCUGCAGGGCCUCAAACCAGCAAUUUGGGAAUAGCUCUUGGCUAAGUCUUUGUUCUUCAGUAACAGGAUGGACGGACACACUGCGUUUCUAUUUAAACUGGCUCUUCUGUUUUUCAUCCCCACAGUGGAGCAGGAGAAGCAAGAAGAGAAGAAUCCUUGCUUUGGUGAGCAUUGCUUCGUCUUCCAUUAGUUCAGUGAUUCCAAAACUAUGCGUGGCGCAUAGUUAAAACGAUGGAACUCCCUUCCACAGGAGACAGUGAUGGCCACCAACCUAGAUGGCUUUAAAAGACAAUUAGGCAAAUUCAUGGAAGAGGAGAGGGCUAUGGAUGGCUACUAGCUGUGAUGGCCGGGUUCUGCCUCCACAGUCGGAGGCAGCAACACUUCUGAAAACCACUUGCUGAAAACCACAGGAGCAGAGAGAGCUCUUGUGCUCAAAUCCUGCUUGCGGGUUUCUCACAAGCAUCUCACAAGCAUCUGGGUUUCUCACAAGCAUCAGGAUGUUGGACUAGAUGGGCCACUGGCCUGAUCCUGCAGGCUCUUCUUAUGUUCUUCUGCUCUGGGCGACAGGCUGAAAUAAGGAGCUGUGACUGCAUGCUUCCUUUUCUCUGCUAGAUGCACACGAAGGUCAGGAUCUGAGCUCUGAGGAUGAUGCCCCAAGGACUAUGGUGGCCAUCUUUGACUACAACCCCAAAGAGAAUUCUCCCAACCUGGACACGGAGGUGAGCAAGAGCGGCUGGUCACCUAGUAUUUCCUGGGCUAGGAAAGCACUUGAAGGUUCUUUGGUGAUGAUAAGCAAAGGCUAGUCAGUUUUAAUAGCAUUUGGGGCAAUUCUGUCUCACCCUGGUGCCCUGGUAAGCCUCUGAGCCUCCCCACUCACUCUGCCUACAGUCAUGAGGUGGCAAGAGGGCUUCUCUUAACAUCGUGUUUUCCCUGAUACUAUCUUCACCCUUCAAAGUAGGUGAGGCCAGCCUUCCUCAGAUACUUCUGCAGAUCAGCCCUGUCUUCACACACAUUUCCAAGGUCACUCUCCCACCCAGCCCCCAACUUUCUCAUUGUCUUCACUGUUUUCCUUCUAGGCAGAGCUGAGGUUUUGCGCUGGGGAUAUUGUUACUGUGCUCAGUUCCAUGGACGACGACGGGUUCUAUUACGUAAGUACAGAAUUCUUUCUUUUUAUCUGAACUGUUCAGGCACUAAAUGAUGUAUCUGAAUAAAAUCAGAGGGGCUGCCGCAUCGAUAUGGGGUUUUGCCAACUCUUCCGCUUAGUCUUAGUCACCCUCCACCACUUUGAAAGCUCUGCCAUCGUUGACCUUCGCCGGGUUUCCUUAUAAAGAGUUGUUGGCAAUUAAGAGCUGUGGAGCCGUCAUUGUUUUCAAGGCAGCUGAGCUGGUCCACCACUUAAUUAAAAUAAGCUUUGGGGAACCUGAUUGGUUUGAUCAGAGAUGGAUGAAAACUGGUUGGCCACUAAACAUGACAUUUGCACAAGACGUAAUGGACAUGAGGCACACACUGCCACAAAGCAGGACAGAGGUCACCAGUUUGGGUGGUUUACAAUGCGUGUGAUGCGGUCAGAGAGGAAUGACUUAGCAAGGCCUAUCAAUGAUGACAGCUAUAUGUAGAACCUCCAUGUACAGGGGCAGUCUAUCUCCAGCAUCUGGUACUCUGAGGUUUAGUGAACAAGAAGAAGAAGAGGAAGAAGAGUUUGGACUUGAUAUUCCACCUUUCACACCCCUUAAGGAGUCUCAAAGCGGCUAACAAUCUCCUUUCCCUUCCUCCCCCACAACAAACAGUCUGUGAGGUGAGUGGGGCUGAGAAACUUCAAAGAAGUGUGACCAGCCCAAGGUCACCCAGCAGCUGCAUGUGGAGGAGCGGAGACGCGAACCCGGUUCACCAGAUUACGAGUCCACCACUCUUAACCACUGCACCACACUGGCUCUCACUCUGUGCCCCUCACUCUGAAUGACUUUUAGGUGUCCACCAGGGAGUUUCAUUUACCUUGUGGGCUAUAGAGGCAUUUCUCUUCUUUCUCUGCAGGGGGAGGUGAAUGGACAGAAGGGCCUUGCACCAUCUAACUUUCUGGAAGCAAUGUCCUUGGAUGGAGAGCUACCUGGGGAGCCCAGCCUUGGAAGGCAGGUAAGGGGGGUGCCUUGCUGGAUCAGGGCCUAGCUGCAAAUGCAGGCUUUGAUCAAGGCUUUAGAAUAGUGGUUCCCAAGCAUUUGGGGGGCCACCACCACCUUUGAUUCAUAAAUUCAUCCCCACUGUCCCCUACCCUAAAAGCAUUAUUCAGAAUUGCAGUUUGCACAACCCACUAAGUAAGAUAAUAACACAGCAACGUUCGAAAGAGCAACAAUUAAUUGUGUAUUUGUUCAAAAUCCAAUUAAAACUCUUCAAUGGAUGAACUUGGCCCAGUGAUACCAGCUUUUCAAAGCCGCUUGAUGGUUGUUGACACCCCCAGCACUCCCCCUGCUGCCCCCCCCCAUGGCUCUUAGUGCCCCCUUGGUAAUCCAGCCAGUACCACCCACUGCUCUAGUCUAGAACAUCAGGAAAUGGGCAUGCGGCUUCCUACCCAAGCACCCCACAACCUGGAUUUCAGCAGGCAAUUUGUGGUAUGCUCCCAACUGCCCCAGUUUAACCAGAGUCAGUCCAAAAUUAUCUCGGUCCCCAUUUGGGGCAUUUGGGGAGUUCAGAGUUUGGCCCCAUGGGGGUUGCAAGUCUCUGCUGCCUACUGACUCAACCUCCUUCCCUAGAGACUGCCUAGAGCAGAGCUUUCCAAACUUUUCAUGUUGGUGACAAUUUGUAGACAUGCGUCAUUUCACGACACAGUAAUUCAGUGUUACUAGGGUUGUCUUGCUUCCAAAAGUAAAAACCAGGACACCAGCUGACCCACUAGGAUCAGCUGCCUGUGGGAGUUCCCAAUGGGAAUUUUGCCUGGCUUUGAAUAUUCCCAAUGGGGAACUCCCAAGGGCAGCCGACAUGGCUCAGUCUAAGUGUCAAUCAGCUGAUUGGUGCUGGGAGAAAGUCCCUUUGAAGCCGUCAUGAUGUCAAAAGACUGGCAGAUGGCCAACCCUGCCCACUUACCGUAUUUUUUGCACCAUAACACUCACUUUUUUCCUCCUAGAAAGUAAGGGGAAAUGUCUGUGCGUGUUAUGGAGGGAAUGCCUACGGGUGGCAUGCCUACGGAUUUUCCUCCUCUAAAAACUACGUGCGUGUUAUGGUCAGGUGAGUGUUAUAGAGCGAAAAAUACGGUACCAAAAUUGUCCCUUUGGGCAGAGAGAGGUAAGGAUCCAAGCCAAAGGCUGGAUCUAGUGUUCCACACUUGAUACAAAUGCACACCCACAUAGCCGUUAAGACAACAUUGCAGUUCACACCCUGAACCACUGGCAACCAACUAUAGGACAAUUAUAUUUUUCUAGUGAAUCUGUAGCGAAAUGAACUGCUUUUUCAAUCAGUGAAGAACGGGCAGUGAGCAGGUCUUUAUUUUUAUCUCUAUAAUGUUGGACAGCAUAUUGUCACCUUCACAGAAUCGUAGAAUCACAGAAUUGUAGAAUUGUAGAAUUGAAGGGACGCCCCCCAGAGUCAUCUAGUCCAACCCCCUGCAAUGCAGGAGUCACAGCUAAAGAAUCCCUGACAUUGUUUUAUUUUGACCCCACUUUCCCAUUUGUUGUAAACUAAUUCUUUAUUUGCCUGGCUUUGCACGUCCAACGGUUGGUUGCGUCCCUCAGAGAAUGAGAAAGCGGAGAGUCCAGUGA